UCUCGGUCGUACGUCCUAACACCGACCGGCUGUCGCUGCUUCAUUGUCGUACGAGUGCCCGUUAAACGAACGGUUAACUCCGACCCUUGGAGUGUAGGUGUAGUGCUAAGUGAUAGUGUGUUUUUAGCUGUACAACAUAAAAGUGUAUUGCUAACAAGUAUUACUGUCUCCGCUGUGUGGCAAGUUCCACGGAGUUGCCUAACGGCUGUUCGCCUGUCGGCGAGGGAAGGCGGACUGCAUCAACCGGGAGGAAUGAGCCCCGUGCACCACAGCUCCCGCACUCACCGAUGAUCUCAAGAGACAAUGUAUAUAGACACCUUACCGCUCGUGGUUUGGACGCUCUUAGUCACAACGACAAAUGUAGCGACACAAAGCCAAUAUGGAAUAGGUUUAGGAAUAAAACGAGAAGUAUUUUUCUUAAAUUUAGAAGACGGCUAUUUUGGCUGUCAAGUAAACGAAUCGACACAAAUAUUACAAUUAUAUGAAUUAUCAAAGUUAUGCGACGGUGUCAAGGAUUGCUAUAAGGGAUCCGACGAACUCGCGAAAGAAUUGAAAUGUACAGAUGAUUGUACCAAAGAAGAUGGCGCCCAAUGUAUAAACGGACGUUGUCUAAACGGGGUGUGCCAUUGUAAUGAUGGUUUCGGCGGCUGCAACUGCCAGGAACCAGAUGUUAAUGAAUGCAAAGAAAGACCAUGCGAUGUUUUUGCUCACUGUACGAACACGGUCGGUAGUUUCCAAUGUUCGUGUUUCCCAGGCUACGAAGGCGACGGUUUCACUUGCAGAGAUAUAAAUGAGUGCGAAGAUCCAGCAGUUGCAUCGCGUUGCGUAGCAAACGCAGAAUGCUGUAACUUACCGGCUCAUUUUAUUUGCAAAUGUAAUCGAGGUUUCGAAGGUGAUGGGGAAGAGGAGUGUAGAGAUAUUGACGAAUGUCGACGUCCUGGUGCUUGUGGUGUGAACGCCGUGUGUCAAAAUUAUCCAGGAAACUAUACGUGUGCAUGUCAAGAUGGUUAUACUGGAAAUGCAUUCGAUGGCUGCGUUGAUAUCGAUGAGUGCGCGAUUGAGGGGAGUUGCGGUCCGGGCGCAGUUUGUCGCAACGUGGAGGGCGGCUACGAGUGCAGCUGUCCACCAGGCUACGAAGGUGACCCCCGCGUCGGCUGUCGCGACCAGGAUGAAUGUGCACACGCUACUUGUGGAAUUUCCGCAGUUUGCGAGAAUCUUCCAGGCGCUUAUCGCUGUCUGUGCCCACCAGGUUUCGAAGGCAAUCCAGACGUAUUGUGCACUGACGUGGAUGAAUGUAAGGCUAGUCAAGCAGUGUGCAGUGAACACGCCGUAUGUACCAACACCCUCGGCAGCUUCGUGUGCACCUGCAAGCCAGAGUAUACAGGAGACGCGCGUGUAGCCGGAGGUUGCCGUGAUAUCAACGAAUGUGAGACGCUUGAACAUCCCUGUGGAACUCACGCCAUCUGUGAGAAUACUGCGCCAGGAUACAAUUGUAUCUGUCCACAAGGUUACCGAGCUCAACCAGAUCCACAAAUUGCAUGCGAGCAGGUCGAUGUUAAUACUUUAUGUAAAUCAAAUUUCGACUGUACCAACAAUGCGGAGUGCAUAGAUAACCAAUGCUUUUGUAAAGAAGGUUUCGACGCCCGAGGGUCAAUUUGUAUUGAUGUUGACGAAUGUGCUAAAAAUUCUUCUUUAUGUGGAGAAAAUUCAAUAUGUAUAAAUAAACCUGGUGGAUUUAACUGUCAAUGUGCUAAUGGAUUUGUUGGUGCUCCUCCACGAGUAACUUGCCGAGCUCCAUGUGAGGAUGUGAAAUGUGGCGACCAUUCGUAUUGCAAACCAGACGGAAUAGAAGCAUAUUGUGUGUGUGAAGAUGGUUGGACAUUCGACCCAACAGACAUUGCAGCAGGUUGUAUAGAUAUUAAUGAAUGUGAUACGUCAGUUGGGCCGGUGGGUCGCUGUGGUAAUAAUGCUCGCUGCAGUAACACACCGGGCAGUUUCAGUUGUCAAUGUCCAGAAGGCUACACAGGCGAUGCUUAUAAACAGUGCACAGAUAUCGACGAAUGCCUUAUAGAGAGUGCUUGUGGUAUUGGAGCCGAUUGUAUUAAUCGUGAUGGAUCGUAUUCUUGUGAAUGCCCUGAAGGUAGUAUACCAGAUCCAGACCCUAGAGUACGAUGUGUCGAAAUACUUACUUGUAAAACUGAUAAUGAAUGCCCCGGAAAUGCAGUGUGCGACCCUAACUCGAGAUGUUUAUGUCCAGAGCCGAAUGUUGGAAAUGAAUGCAGGCACCCCUGUGAAGCUUUGCAAUGUGGAAGUAAUUCAGAAUGUUUAUUAAAUGACCAGGUCGCUCAGUGUACGUGUAAAAGUGGUUUUGCUGGCGAUCCAUUAUCACCAACUGGUUGUCAAGAUAUUAAUGAAUGCAUUGAAAAUCCUUGUGGCGUUGGAGCAGUUUGUAAAAAUCUCCCCGGACGUUUCUUAUGUGAGUGUCCGGGUACAUUUAAUGGGGACCCUUAUGUGGAUGGCUGCAUACCUGGUAAAAGUCCGAUUGAAUGCAGUAGCACUAAUCCGUGUCCUCAGGGUGAACAAUGUAUUUUACAUGAUGGGGAAAAUGUUUGUGUUUGUACACAAGGAUUUGCACGGAGCAAAGAAACUGGAAUAUGCGAAGAUAUUAAUGAAUGUACCCAUCACGGUCGAUCACCUUGUGGCCUUAAUGCUAUUUGUAAGAAUUUACCUGGCAGCUAUGAAUGUAAAUGUCCCGCAGAAUAUAGCGGAAACCCUUACAACCUUUGUGAGUUAUGCAGUGAUAUUACUUGCCAGUGCCAACCACCUUACAAAGUAAUUGAUGGUAGUUGUGUGCUUUCCGGCUGCACAAAAGAUAAUAAAUGUGGAAAAGGUGCAGAAUGUAUUGUAAUUUCCGACGGAGUAAGUUAUUGCGCUUGCCCGAUCGGUUUUACACAAACAGCUGAAGGGUCAUGUGAAGAUAUUGAUGAGUGUACAUCAGGACAAUCAGUUUGUGGAUUUGGUGCAGAAUGUGUAAACACAAUUGGAUCUUUCACAUGUAAAUGUCCAAAUGGUUAUAGUCAAGAUUCAAUAACUGGGCAUUGCACGUUGAAUCAAAAGAGAUGUAUCAGUGAUUCAGAUUGUUUUCCGAAUGAAAAAUGUAUUCAACCUGGAAAAUGUGUUUGUCCACCACCAUUUUAUUUAGAUGUGUCAGAUGGACAAAAAUGUAAAAAUCCGUGUGAAAGAUUUACUUGCGGAAUUAAUUCUAAGUGUACCCCAAGUGACCCUCCGCGAUGCAUGUGUAUGACCGGAUUUGAAGGAGAUCCCUACACGGGAUGUACAAAUAUUAAUGAGUGCCACAGUGCACCGUGUGCUUUUGGUGCGAUUUGCCACGACCAGAAAGGUGGAUAUCGCUGUGAGUGCCCUGCUAACAUGGUUGGUGAUCCCUACAAAUCGGGUUGUGCGGCCGAAGAAAUUCCAUCAGAAAAACGUUUAUGCAGUUCAGACGAGGAAUGUCCUAAUACGCUCGCGUGUCUGAAUAGCUCUUGCUUAUCUCCUUGUACAACUGUUUCGUGUGGAUCGCACGCUUUUUGUGAAGUGGACAAUCAUGCGGCGUGGUGUCGUUGUAAUCCUGGUUACACCAAACCUGAAGGUGGCAAAUGCAUUUCUGGAUGUGACACAUAUUCAUGCGCUUCUGGUGCUCAAUGCAUAAUAUCAAAAACUGGGCCAACAUGCGUUUGUCCUGAAGGUAUGGUAGGCAAUCCGUUCCCCGGAGGAGCAUGCAGAAGAGAUACUUGUGGACCUGGCGUACCUUGUGAACAGCCUUUGAUGUGUGUUGCUGGCCGUUGCAGACAACGUUGUGAUGGUGUUGUAUGUGGAGUUGGCGCCUCAUGUGACCAACAGAGCGGCAAAUGUGUUUGUAAUGCAUUUUUCGUUGGUAAUCCAGACUUACUCUGCAUGCCUCCUAUUUCACCCCCAUCUUGUGAACCUGGAUGUGGUCAAAAUGCUCAUUGUGUUUAUGGACAAAACAAUGCUUGUAAAUGUGACAAAGGAUUUACGGGCAACCCAUAUAAGACAUGUUUACCUCGCAGACAAAUAACAUGUGCUAAAGCCUCCUGUGGUGUUAAUGCAGUUUGCCAACAAACUAGAUCUCAUGUUGAAUGUCUGUGUCCUCCAGGUUACGUAGGAAAUCCUAAUAUACAAUGCACUGACAUAGAUGAAUGCAGUAGUAAACCAUGUGGAGAAAAUGCUAUUUGCAUAAACACACCCGGAAGUUUCAGUUGUAUAUGCAAAAGUCGAUAUGUAGGAAAUCCUUACGAAUUGUGCUCACAAGUAUCUAUUCCCAAAUGUGUCGAUGGUGCCAUUUGUACUUGUUCUCAUAACGCUACCUGUCCUGAAGGUUAUAUUUGUGAAAAAUCUAAAUGUGUUGAUGUUUGUCGUACGAUGAUUUGUGGUCCUAAAUCGAUAUGCGAAGAAGGAAGUUGUCAUUGCCUUCCAGGGCACAGUGGCAAUCCUAAUGACAUCGGAAGAGGCUGCAUGCCUGAAAAUAAAUGCAUGGUUGAUGGGGAUUGUAAAGAUUCCGAGAUAUGUUUCCAAGUGGCUAAAAAUGUCCGUAAGUGUGUGGACUCAUGUAGUAAGUUGCAAUGCGGUCCAAACUCUCUAUGUAUAGGAGCUAACCAUCAAGCUCAUUGUGUUUGUGCAGAAGGAUAUGUUGGGAAGCCUACUGAUGUAAAAACGGGUUGCCAUUUAAUUGUCCAAGAACCUCACGAAAUGAAAUGUAACGCAAAUAGCGAUUGUAACGAACCUCAAGUUUGCAUUUCAGUAGACGGCACUGCAAAGCAAUGUUUCGAUCUUUGCUCAACAAUAGCCUGUAGUGCUAACGAAGUUUGUCGAGUUAUAGAUAACAGUCCCGGCUGUGAAUGUAAAGAUGGUUUUCUUUGGAAUCCUAUCAAUUCUAUUUGUGAACAACCCUCAACUCCAAAUUGUGUUUCUGAUGAUGACUGCGAUGAUAAUAAGUCUUGUCAAAAAGAUGUACUUGGAGUUAAUAAAUGUGAAGAUAGCUGUCUGCUAUUUACUUGCCCACAAAAUUCAAAGUGUUUGACGAGAAAUCACAAAAGUAAAUGUGAAUGUUUAGCUGGUUUUGUUGGUAAUCCAAAUGAUCGCGAUGGAUGUAUAGCUAUCGACAAAAAUCAAUGCUCAGAUGAUGUACAGUGCAGGGAAAAUGAAGUAUGUAAACAUGUUGGUGAUGUUAAAAAAUGUGUGUCUGCAUGUCAACAAGUGAUAUGCGGCCCUAAUGCCAUUUGUGUUACCAACAAUCACAUUGCAAAAUGUCAGUGUCCCUCUGGUCCAUUUACCGGAAACCCAAAUGAUUUAGAAAAGGGAUGUCAGUCGGUACCUUGUAUUUAUAAUGCAGAUUGCUUGUCCAAUGAAUUAUGCAACCGUAUGACACAUACAUGCAUGAAUGCUUGUGGAGAAGAUUCAUGCGGUGAUAAUGCUGUUUGUAUUGCUGAAAACCAUAAAGCUACUUGUCAGUGUCCUAAUGGCUAUAAACCAGAUCCUAUACCAGAUGUUAACUGCCGAAAAAUCGAAGUUUGCAAUCCUAAUCCCUGCCAUUCUACUGCUAUAUGUGAGCCAAGACAUUCAUCAUAUGUAUGCCGGUGCCCAACAGGUUUUGUCGAAGAUAGUCGAAAUGGAGGUUGUAGAAGACAAGAUCAAUGUACUAAAGGUGAUGAUGACUGUCCGUUAGAAACCACAUGCGUUAACAACCGAUGUGUCAAUCCCUGUGAUGGUGCUUGUGGAAUUAACUCAUUAUGUAAAGUAGUCGACAGAAAAGCAAUUUGUGUUUGUCCUGAUGGUUAUGAAAUGAUAAAAGGCAAUGCUUGUAAGAAAAAGCUUUUGGUCUGCUCAAAUGAACAGGAGUGCAAUGGCGAUGUUUGUUCUAGUGGCCAAUGUUUCACAGCUUGUAAAAAUUCCAGCCAAUGUGAUCCAGGAGACGCUUGUGCUAAAAAUUUAUGUAUAACACAAUGCUCUAAACAUUCCCAAUGUGGCAUAGGACAAGCUUGUGUAAGCGGACAAUGUCUAAUUGGCUGUAGAAGUCAAGAAGACUGUCCUAGUGAAGAAGCCUGUGUUAACAACAAGUGUGUAAAUCCAUGCUUGUCCACCAGAGCAUGCGGUCCAAAUGCAAUUUGUUCCAGAAUUAAUCACAGUACCAAAUGCGAAUGCCCUCUUGGAUUCCAAGGAACACCUAAUCCUCAACAGGGCUGUGUGAGAAAACCAAGUUCAUGCUCGAGAACAUCAGAGUGUCCGCCAGACCACAUGUGCAUUGGAUACCUUUGUCAAGUACCGUGCCAAGAUAAUUCUGGUUGUGCUAUUGGAGAAAAAUGCAGUGAUAGUAGAUGCCACAAAAUAUGUCAUUCAAGUAGCAACUGUUUACAUGGUGAACACUGCAGUUCUGGUAUAUGUAUUCCAGGUUGUAAAACUGAUUCUGACUGCUUGAAUAAUCAGUUGUGUAAGUCAGAUAAGUGUCAGUGCCUUCCUGGAUUUGAACUAACAGGCGACGAAUGUACAAAUGUAAACGAAUGUGUUAAUAAUCCCUGUCAUCCAUCAGCACAAUGUGUCGAUACACCAGGUUCUUACAAAUGUGUUUGCUCUGUUGGUGCGAUCGGUGAUCCCUAUACAAGUGGUUGUCUAUUACCAAAUCAAUGUAGAAGUGAUAAUCAAUGCGAAGAUUCAUUGGCUUGCAUAAGAGGAAAAUGCUCUAAUCCAUGUCAAAUUAAGACUUGUGGUUUAAACGCAUUGUGCACAGUUGUAAAACAUAGAGUAGCUUGCGCUUGUGAAAAAGGCUUUCUCGGGAAUCCACUCGACAAAAGAAUCGGAUGUUUCAAGGUGGAAUGUAUAGAUGACUCUGGUUGUUCCAGCGAUAAAUUCUGUAAUACAAGAAAUAAUAAGUGUUCUGACAAAUGUGAGGAAACCUAUUGCCAAGGCGGAACAUGUACAAUUGAAGACCACAAAGCUUUAUGCAAUUGUGAGACUGGGUUUGAUUUAGUUAACAAUGUUUGUCAAGAUAUAAAUGAGUGCUUGAGUAACCCAUGUCCAUUGAACGCGCACUGUGUGAACAACCGUGGUUCCUAUACUUGUACUUGUGUUAAUGGAACUGUGUUAGAUACAAGCACCGGAAACUGCAGAUCUCCUGGUGAAUGUUUCUCUGAUGAAGACUGUUCAGAUAAAACUAAAUGUUAUAAUAAUUACUGCAUCGAUCCUUGUGAAAAAUCUUCACCAUGUGGUGAAAAUGCUGAGUGCAUAGUGUCCAAACACGAGCCCAUAUGUGAAUGCCCACCAGACAGUCAAGGUGAUCCUUACAAGCAAUGUACUAAAUUUGAAUGUAUCAAAGAUAGUGAUUGCUCGUCUGAGGAGGCCUGUGUUAACUACAAAUGUAAAAAUGCAUGUAGUAUACCUCGUGCGUGCGGCAAAAAUGCAGACUGUCUUUCAAGAAAUCAUAUCGGGCACUGCACUUGCUCAUCUGGUUAUACGGGAGAUCCUGUUCUUGGUUGUGUUCCUAUUCAAUACUGCACAGAUGACAGCAGGUGCUCAUCAGGAACAAAGUGUGUUGACAAUCUAUGUGUUGGUAUGUGCAAAAAUUCAAGAGACUGCUUGAAUGACCAACUCUGUAUUCAAAAUACAUGUCGAGUCACUUGUAACUCGAACAGUACCUGCCCAGAUUUUCAAUUUUGUUUAAACAGAAUUUGUACAAAAGAGGUACAGUGUUUAACAAAUGAAGAUUGUGCUGAUGACGAACGAUGUACUGUGGGAAGAAAAGGUGUACCACAAUGCAUCAAAGUAUGUGAAAGGCAUCCAUGUGGAAGACAGGCAGUCUGUGUAGGUAAAAACCAUCAACCCACAUGUUCGUGUGCCACCGGUUUCUUCGGAGAUGCUCUACAGGGAUGUAAAAGAAAAGAAUGCGAAAGUGACGUUCAAUGUACUGAUGAUAAACAAUGCCACCAAAAUAUGUGUAAAAUCGCUUGUUUAGUGGAAAAUACGUGUGGUGACAACACCAUCUGUUCUUCGGAGAAACAUAAACACGUGUGUUACUGUCAACCCGGUUAUACAGGUGACCCUAAAAUUGGCUGCAUUAAAAUUAAUAGAUGCGCUUCAAAUCCAUGUGGCAAUGGAGCAGAGUGCAAAAAUCUAAGAGAUCGAGCUCAAUGUGCUUGCCCUGCUGGAUAUGUAGGAGAUCCUUAUGAAGAAGGUUGUCGCAAAGCUCAAGAGUGCAGAUUCAAUAGAGACUGUCCCCCUGUAGCUCGCUGUACGGUUGUCGACGGAAUUCGUAAAUGUACAGAUGCCUGUGAAACUACCAAAUGUGGUGCUAACGCUGAAUGUAUUGCAUCAAGACACACUGGCCAGUGCAAAUGUAAGGACGGUUAUGUUGGUAACGCAUCUAGUGAAAAAGGUUGUAAACUUAAGGAAGUGACAUGUAAACAAAGAAGCGAUUGUGGAGAAGACCAAUACUGCCACAAUGGGCUUUGCAAAAGUCUGUGUCUUGUGGAUGAAGAAUGUGGAUCAACUGAAAAGUGUUUUAAUGGCCAAUGUGUAAAUCCAUGCCAAAUGGAAAAAGCUUGUGGAUUGAAUGCUCUCUGCCGCACUGAUAAUCAUGUAGUUCAGUGUAGUUGCCCCCAGAGUUUUACAGGAAAUCAAGACGUGGAGUGUGUUAGAAUGCCGAGAUUGUGCGGAGCAGCAGGAGAAUGUGAAGAUGGUUAUAUGUGUCAAGAUUCCAUGUGUGUGCCCAAAUGUAAAGCCGAUGAAGAAUGUGCCUUGAAUGAAAGAUGUUCUAAAGGGACAUGCUUGUUAACAUGUCGCGUAGACAACGAUUGUUUCUUGGGACAUAUAUGUUUAGGAAACAGUUGUCAGUAUGGAUGUAGGCACGAUGAAGAUUGUGGACCGGAGGAGUUUUGCAAAAAUAAUGUCUGCCAAAAUCCUUGUGACAAUGAUGUUAAUCCUUGUGGGCCGAACGCAGCCUGCUCUGUAGUGGAACGAAAAGCUUCUUGUACAUGCCUAGAAGGUUUAAUACCUAACCCAACACCUAACAUCGGAUGUGUACGAGCUCCUUCGUUAUCAUGUCAAAUGCACACUGACUGUGCUACCGGCUGGCGAUGUGAAGAUGAUCGCUGUCGUCCUGCCUGCACAUCAGAUGGCUCCCAAUGUCUUCAAGGCGAAAGGUGUGAUGCCGGAGUUUGUCGAUAUGCCUGUACCUCAGAUGAACAGUGUUCUGACGAAGAGGUCUGUGACGGACGCAUUUGCGUAACUGGUUGUCGCUCACAUUCCGAUUGCUCAAGUCAGCUGGCUUGCUUAUCAGGGCAAUGUGUGGAUCCUUGUACUGAACCCGCUACUUGCGGAGCUAAUGCCCUUUGUACGACGAAAGAUCAUCAACCUGUGUGUACAUGCCCACCGAGUUUGUUCGGAGAUCCAAAAACUGUUUGUCGGAGAAAAAUUUCGCCUUGCAAGGACAAUGAGAACUGUCGUGAUGGUUUCAAUUGCUAUGGAGGAACUUGUCAACCAUCUUGUAGAAGUGACAGCGUUUGUUUAUCCAAUGAAAAAUGUAUCCGUGGUAUAUGCAGAGUGGUAUGUAACAGCAAUGAAGCCUGCAGCGAAGGUUACAUUUGCGAUGGUAGGAUUUGUAAGCAGGGCUGUCGAGACGAUAACCAAUGCGACAUUAAUCAAGCAUGUUUAAAUGGACAAUGCAAAGAUCCCUGUAGUGAAAAGGCAGUGUGUGGAAUCUGUUCCGACUGUAAAGUCCAAAAUCACCGCGCUCAGUGCAGUUGCUCCAGUAAUUACACCGGCAAUCCUCUUGUUGAGUGUAAAAGGAAAACAAUGCUAUGUGACGGCUUUUGUCCAUGUGAUGACAGUGGUUAUUGUGUGUCACUUUGUGAAACCGAUUCCGAGUGUUCAUGUGGAGAGAAGUGUUACAAUGGAGCUUGCAGAUCUACAUGUACUGUGCCGAAUAAAUGCCCCGAAAGACAAAUUUGCCAAGAAAAUGUUUGCAUUCCGGGAUGUAAUUACGAUGCAGAUUGUGGUGAUGAUAUGUUAUGUUCUUCGAAACUUUGCGUGAAAGCUUGCCGAGAAGAUGUUUGUGGCGAGAAUGCCGCUUGUUUUGCCAUUAAACAUCGCGCUAUAUGUAAGUGCCCCAGCGGAUAUACUGGUGAUCCUAGUGAAGAAUGUAAACAAUACGAAUGUUCUAAUAAUGACGAUUGUGAUGCGGACGAAAAAUGUGCGGAUGGCAUGUGCAAAAAUGUAUGUACGGGGGCCUGUGGUAUCAAUGCUAUAUGCCGAGCAGUAGAUGGAAAUCCGCAAUGUACUUGUCCACCAAAUUACAUUGGAAAUGCAAAGAUUGAGUGUUCAAAGCCACCGGCCGGUAGCUGCUUACGAAAUCCUUGUGGGGUGAGUGCACGGUGCCGUGACUUAGAGGAAGGCCAAUAUGAGUGCACGUGUCCACCAAACUGUGCAGGCAAUCCUCACAAACAAUGUUUCUGCGGUGCUAUGGAACCUUGUGCAUAUAAAUCAUGUGGCACUAAUGCGGAGUGUCAUAUCGGUGCACAUGGAGAGGCACAGUGCUUCUGUCCACGAAACUAUCCUAAUGGUGAUCCAAAUAUAGAAUGUGCCCAGGAGCGCAGUGUAGUUGAUUGUAGAACGACUGGUUGUGGAAUUAAUGGUGAAUGCUUAAGAGAAGGUGCAGAAUUUGUAUGUCGUUGUAUUCCCGGAACAGAAGGACAAGCUGAUGUCGAAUGUCACACCAGUAUCGAAUGUACGAGCGACAAGGAUUGCCCAGUAGACAGAGCGUGUCUCAGCUUACACUGUGUGGACCCCUGCACAGUACGAGGUGUAUGUGGAGAAGAUGCCCUGUGUGUGACCCUGAUGCACAAAGCGCAGUGCUCCUGCCCACAGUGCUAUGUCGGACAACCGCGUGUUGCGUGCCGCCUCGACCCUACGUGCAAAUCCACUAACGAAAACAAUACCACAUUCACAUGUUCUGAAACUAAAUCUUGCCCUUCCAAACUGGCUUGUGAUCUCAGCACCAAUCAGUGCCGCAACCCAUGCCUGGGAUAUCAAAACUGUAGACUAAAUCAGAAAUGUGAAGUACGAGAUCACCGACCUAUUUGUGUAUGUCGGAAUGGAUUUGCUUUGAAUGAAAGAGGAGAAUUGACUUGUGCGCCAGAACAUGCAGAAUGUACAAGAGACGAACAGUGUCCAUCAAAUGCGGCCUGUCGUAAUUCCAAGUGUGUGAAUCCCUGCCAAGCAUCUGUCGAGCCAAUGUGCCCGAAAGGAAAGCAAUGUGAAGUAGUAGAUCAUCGCGCUAUGUGCGUAUGUGUUGAAGAAUGUAAUCCAUCAUUAUCAAUUUGCUUGAGAGACAGCGGUUGCCCAAGUAACUUAGCAUGCAGAGAUUUUCAAUGCAAGGAUCCAUGCAAAGGCGCUUGUGGUGGUGCUCCAUGUUCAGUAGAAGAUCACCACCCCGUUUGCAAGUUUUGUCCUAAAGGAUUCACACACGAUGAGAAACAUGGCUGCGUUAAAGCGACAGAGUGCGGCGGUCACGAACAUUGCGCUCCGACUCUGGCGUGUAUCGGCGGCCGUUGUGCAGAUCCAUGCGCUCGCGGUGGCCCUUGUCUCAACGGCCAACACUGCGCUGUGCUCGAUCACCAACCUGUUUGCUCGAAGGUGUGUCAGUGCCAAACAUCGUCGGAUUGCGCGAGAUAUCCCAAUACCUUCUGUGACGGCUGUGCUUGUAUUCGAGAGGAACGACACCCACCCACAAACUGUGCCCAUUGUCGGCCGGGAGUACCUUGCGAUCCGUUCUCUGGCGCCUGCAUGGAAAAUGGAACUUUUGUCCCACUAACCGAAAACACUACUACACCAGGAGGAAGCAGUGAUUCUGCCAGUACUAUAGACUCGACUACACCUACUGACAAUAUUCCACAGUUUGCAAAUACCAAUAACUUCCGUCAUAAAACCUCUAAUACUAUCAUGACCGAUUAUACAACCACUGACGAUACACUUACUGUUAGAAGCUUAAUAUCAACGACACUAACUGAAAAGCCGACUUAUUCAACUUUUGAUGAUAAAGUAGAUGAAGAACCUAGCACACAAACUAGUACAUAUAAGGUUUUUGAAUCUACUACUACAGAGUCUAUAUGGGGCUCUAGUAUUUCCCAUGACGUAUCAAAUACAGUAUCUGGCGAUGGAAAAGGAUUACACAUAACAGCGUAUACUAAAACAUUUACAUCUGAUGAUACUAUGACUCCUACCUCGCAUACUGUUUCCGGUAAAGAUUUAGUCACAGUAGUCGACGAUAAUAAAUAUUUUGUAAGUACAACAGAAAGUGCCGUAACAGCUACGUUAGUUCACGACACCACAAGUCCUUCAGUUUUCGAUAAAGAUUUAGUUACAAUAGCUGGAAUUGAUGAUAUUAAAUACUCUGCAAGUACAACAGAAAGUACUGUCACAGCUACGUUAAUUCACGACACUAUAAGUCCUUUUGUUACCGAUAAAGAUUUAGUCACAGUAGGUGGAAUUCAUGAUAUGAAACAUUCUGCAAGUACAACAGAAAGUACUGACAGAGCUACAUUAAUUCACGACACUAUAAGUCCUUCUGUUUUCGAUAAGGAUUUAGUCACAGUAGUUGAAAUCGAUGACAUUGAAUACACUGCGAGUACAACAGAAAGUACUGUCACAGCUACAUUAAUUCACGACACUACAAGUCCUUCUGUUACCGAUAAAGAUUUAGUUACAGUAGGUGGAAUCGAUGAUAUGAAACAUUCUGCGAGUACAACAGACAAUACUGUCACAGCUACAUUAGUUCACGACACUACAAGUCCUUCUGUUACCGAUAAAGAUUUAGUCACAGUAGGUGGAAUCGAUGAAAUGAAACAUUCUGCGAGUACAACAGAAACUACUGUCACAGCUACAUUAGUUCACGACACUACAAGUCCUUCUGUUACCGAUAAAGAUUUAGUCACAGUAGGUGGAAUCGAUGAUAUGAAACAUUCUGCGAGUACAACAGAAAGUACUGUCACAGCUACAUUAGUUCACGACACUACAAGUCCUUCUGUUACCGAUAAAGAUUUAGUCACAGUAGGUGGAAUCGAUGAUAUGAAACAUUCUGCGAGUACAACAGAAAGUACUGUCACAGCUACAUUAGUUCACGACACUACAAGUCCUUCUGUUACCGAUAAAGAUUUAGUCACAGUAGGUGGAAUCGAUGAUAUGAAACAUUCUGCGAGUACAACAGAAAGUACUGUCACAGCUACAUUAGUUCACGAUUCUACAAGUCCUUCUAUUUUCGAUAAGGAUUUAGUCACAGUAAUUGGAAUCGAUGAUACGAAACAUUCUGCGAGUACAACAGAAAGUCCUCUCACAGCUACAUUACUUCACGACACUUUAAGUCCUUCUGUCUCCGAUAUAGGUCAAACCACAGUAGUUGGAAUCGAUGAUAUGAGAAACUCUGCAAGGACAACAGAAAGUACUGUCACAGCUACAUUCGUUCACGACACUACACGUCCUUCUGUUACCGAUAAAGAUUUAGUCACAGUCGUUGGAAUCGAUGAUAUGAAACAUUCUCCAAGUACAAUAGAAAGUACUGUCACAGCUACAUUAGUUCACGAAUCUACAAUUCCUUCUGUUUUCGAUAAGGAUUUAGUCACAGUAAUUGGAAUCGAUGAUACGAAACAUUCUGCGAGUACAACAGAAAGUCCUCUCACAGCUACAUUACUUCACGACACUUUAAGUCCUUCUGUCUCCGAUAAGGAUUUAGUCAUAGUAGGUGGAAUCGAUGAUAUGAAACAUUCUACGAGUACUACAGAAAGUACUGUCAGAGCUACAUUAGUUCAUGACACUUCAAGUCCUUCUAUCUCCGAUAUAGGUCUAACCACAGUAGUUGGAAUCGAUGAUAUGAGAAACUCUGCAAUGACAACAGAAAGUACUGUCACAGCUACAUUCAUUCACGACACUACACGUCCUUCUGUUACCGAUAAAGAUUUAGUCACAGUAGGUGGAAUCGAUGAUAUGAAAAAUUUUGUAAGCACAACAGAAAGUACUGUUACAGCUACAUUACUUGACGACACUUCAAGUUUUUCUGUUUCCGAUAAAAAUCUAGUCACAGUAGUUGGAAUCGAUGAUGUGAAACAUUCUGCAAGUACAACAGAAAGUACUGUCAGAGCUACAUUAGUUCAAGACAUUAUAAGUCCUUCUGAUGUAGUAGGCAAUACAUUAGUUACAAAAAAUGAUACAACAAAUAUUUAUACGGGUAAUAAAGCCAGUAUAUCAACUGACAUUACUACUGACCACCAGACCAAUGAUUUCACAACCCAAAUGACCACACCCUAUACCAAUAUUGAAAAUUAUUCAUCAAUCGAUUCGGACGUUCUUCUUCCCAGUAGUAGUACUAUUCAUGUCGAGAGUACAAUGAAACCAGUUACGGAAAAGAUUAUUGAAAGUAAUUCUUCUUCUGUUGCACCGAUUGAAAAUAAAAAUACAAAAACUCCUACAAAUCAACGUAAGAUGAAUAGCAACUACACAGGUAUUACGUUAAUUGAAGACCUUCCCAGAGAAAAUUUAUCUACAUCAACUUUAUCUAACAGCUAUGAUUUUAAAAAACAUACUACUGCAACCAGUACUGAAUAUAAAACAACUUUGCCAGUUGUCUCUGAAAUAGAUAGUGCAAAGUCUGACAUUAUAAGUGAUACUAGUACUACGACUUUGAAAUCAAUAAAUGAAAAUGUUGAUAAAAAUCAAAGCUCCACCAUACUCGAAUUCACGGCUUCAACUUCGGUAGUAACUGAAAGCACAAUAGACAUUAGUAGAACACUAUCAGAUUUAACUUUAAACUCAUCAGAAAAUAUUACUCUAGUGACAGAAAAAAAUGCUCUUCCGGUAGAAAUUGUAACUAGGCCAUAUGUUAGUAACUUCGAGGAUUUAAGUAGCACAGAAUUUACACAACGUCAAACUGAAAUGUCAGAUAUUACAACAACAAUACCAAAUAUCGCAGAUCUUAACACAUCUGAGUAUAUAAGUUCCAAAAAGACAGAAUAUACACCAGAUCCUACUCAGAUUACUUCUGCUGAGAACAAUGUAAUAAAUAAUAUGGUCUCAAAAACGACGAAUAUAGAAACAACUACACUUGAAACUGGUUCUUUCUUGAAGACUACAUUCGAUAUUAAUUUAUUAAAAUCAACAACAGAAGUGACAACAUCAGAUAAGCUCGCUAAAUCUACUUUGAACACAUUUGAUUCGACUAAAUCUGAAAUUGUUACUAUGACUGAGUCAAUUUUAACGGAUAAAGAUGCUAGUCUUGAUCCUCCAAUCAGUAAAUCUACCGUUUCGCUCAUUCAAAGUUCGACGUCGAAGUUAGACGACAGUACAGUUACUUUGCAAACAACAAAAAUGCAAACAGUUGAACAAAAUCUUGUUACUUCAACGGACACACCAUAUUUUGUACAGACUGAGGUUAUUGAAGUUGAGAAUAAGUCUGUUUCUUCACACGUAACAACUAAUGCAUCCACUAUAACUAAAAAUGUAGGAAUUGAACAUAAAUUAGGGUCAACAGAGAGCAUAUCUGUUGUUGCUGUUACGGCUGAAACUGCCACAAAUCCUCAAUCCCCUACAGAGCUACCGGAAACUGAUUUUAGUCAAAUGGCAAGUACUGCUUCUAAUAAAAUCAAAAUCAACGAAGAUAAAAAUAUGUCAACUUAUACAGUAGUAGAACCUACAACCACUGAAACGAUAAAUCAAUUUAAAAUUAAUCUUACUUCUGUGGCAAGCAUAGAACCAGUAACAGUAAAAUCGUUUGAAAACACGCAAUUCACAGAUACUACUAGUGGAGAAAUUGGUUCAACAACCACAAUUAUUAAUAAUGAAAAUAUGUAUUCAGAAACUAACAGUUUUGGUUUAGCUACAACCGAAUCUGCUCAAAAAACAGAUAUUGACAUUUCGUUGGUAACUACAGAUGAUGGAUCUAUCUCAUCAGAAACUAAUAUAUUUGAUAAAGGAUUUACCCGAAUGACUGAUAAUGGAUUAUAUACAACUGAACGAGUAAAACCAAAUGAUAGGUCGGAUAUAAUGACCACAGGCAAGGUACAUGAGUUCGUUUUAACAUCUACAUCUGAAAUUACUGUCACUGCGGAAACUCCGAGCCUACGAGAUAAAGUAACAGAUGGAUUAAGUGGAUCAACUGAAUCUAAAACACACAUAAUAAAUAAUAAAAAUUUUGAGACUACUGUGAGCACGGAAACUACAAACCUACUAAUUACAGUAACUAAUACAUUGGACACAACAACUAAUAGGAACAUUGAAACUACUAUCGCUAAGGAAACUCCGACUCCACAAGAAACAGUCAACGAAAUAUUAAAUGGAUCAACUGUAUUUGAAAUAAGCACAAUUACUAACAAGAACUUUGAAACUACUGUUUCUAUGGAAACAUCUAGCCCACGAGAAACAGUAAUUGACGAAUUGGGUGGGUCAACUAAACCCAAAAUACGCACAACAACUAGUAAGAAUUUUGAAACUACUGUAACUAUGGAAGGUCCAAGCCCACGAGAUACAGUAACUGAUGAAUCAACUGAAUCUGAAACACACACAACUAAUAAACAUUUCGAAACUACUGUCUCUAUGGAAAAAUCAAGUCCACAAAAAACAGUAACUGAUGGAUUAGCUGGAUCAACAGAAUUUAAAACAGGCACGGUGACUAAUAAGAAUUAUGAAACCACUAUGCGCCCGAAAACUAUAAACCCACAAAUUACAGUAACAAAUGCAUUGGAAGGAUCAACUGAAUCUAAAAUACACACAACAACCAAUAGAAAUAUUGAAACUACUGUCGCUAUGGAAACUCCGAGUCUACGAAAAACAGUUACCGAAGGAUUAAAUGGAUCACCUCUACUUGAAAUAAGCACAAUUACUAACAAUGACUUUGCAACUACAGGAUCUAUGGAAACUGCUAGCCCACGAGAAACAGUAACUGAUGGAUUUACUGAAUCAACAGAAUUCAAAAUAGAUACAACGACUAAUAAGAAUUAUGAAACUACUGUAACUAUGGGUAUUCGAAGACCGCAAGAUGCAGUAACUGAUGGAUUGGGUGGGUCAACUGAAUCUAAAACACACACAACGACUGUUAGAAAUUUUGAAACUACUGUUGCUACGGAAACUAUGAGCCCACAUGAAACAGUAACUGAAGGAUUAAAUGGAUCAACUGUAUUUAAAAUGAGCACAAUGUCUGACAAGGGCUUUGAAACUACUGCUUCUAUGGCAACUCCCAGCUCACAAAAAAUAGUGACUAAUGGAUUUACCGAAACAACGGAAUUUAAAAUAGGCUCAACGACUAAUAAGAGUUUUGAAGCAAGUAUUACCACGGAAACUACGAGUCCACGAAAUAUAGUAACAGAUGAAUCGGGUGGAUCAACUGAAUCCAAAAUACGCUUAACAACUUAUAGAAACAUUGAAACUACUAUUACCAUGGAACCUCCAAGCCCACAAGAUACAGUAACAAACGAAAUGUUUAAAUCGACUGAAUCUAAAAUUCAUACUAUAACAAAUAAAAAUUUAGUGGAAUCCACAGUCCCUGUGACAAAUUUGAACUCACAGUAUACAGUAACAGACAGAAUAAGUGAACCAACCGAAGUAAUGAUAGAUACGACAACUUAUAAGAGUAUGGAUGAAACUACAUUUAGUACUCAAAAUACCCAAGAAAUUAUAACAGGCGCAGUAUCUAAAUCAACUGAAUUUAUAUUAGGUACUCCAAGCACAAACGAAAUAACGACAGAAACUUUAGAUAAAUUAACUGAAAUAUAUGCAGAUACCACUACAAUAAUUAGCAACAUUUUAGUAAAAAGUACAGAAACCUCAGACACUGAAAAGACACAAAAUAUUGUAGUAGAUGGAUUGACUGAAUUAACAAGUACAAACAGAGUGAGCACAACAACUAAUAAGUAUAUGGAUAAGAACACUGUUACUAUACAAACUUUUAAUCCACAAAACAUGGAUCCAGAUAAUCUAACUGGAUCUACUGAUAUGAAAAUUGAUACAACAACGAAAGGUUUAGAUAAAAAAUUUGUGAUUAUGGAAACUUCUGAUACUCAAACUGCUCAAAAAGAAGUAACAAAAGAUUGGAAUCAAUCUAGUAAACCAAAUAUUGAUUCCACAACGUACAGUAAUUUAAUUACACAUACUAUACAAUUGGGUACUCAAAGUACACAAGAAGAAUUUACAAAUGAAAUAAAGUUAGAUACAACAACUUAUAAGAGUUUGACAAAAAAUACUGUCACAAUGGAAGAUCUAGGUACCCAAACUAUAGUGACUGACGGAUUGAUUCUAUCAACCGAAUUAGACAAAGAAACGAGUAAGAAAACAGAAAAGGUAACAACUGAAAUUACGGAAAAUGAAGUGGAAAAAACAACAAUAAAUAAUAAUUUACAGACAAGUACACCCUCUUUAGACGCAAGCAGUAAACGGGCAUGGACGGAAAUUCCUAGUACCACAGACAUUUCUUACACAGCCGCCAAUAUGCUGCCCGAAAAAACACUAUUUGCUACAGAUUUAGGUACAACGACCUUGGACAAUAAUUAUGAAACGGUAACUGAAUCAGAUAAUACUGCGAAUUUUACCACCAAAUCUAUCACAUCUUCGUAUUUGAUAAAUAACACAAGCGCGAUGACGUUUGGAAGUGAUGAAGUGUCAAAUCAAAACAAAUUUGAAACAGAAACUUACCUUACCAGCACUAUUAGUAAUAUUGAUAGCAUAAACGUCAAUAACAUUCCAACCGAAACUACACAUAUAAAUACUGUUAAGAACAGAGACUUAUCCGAAUCUACUACAGAAAUCAUGAGUAAAACACCGCCAGAAAGUGCAAUAAAUCGCUUUGAACCUAAUUCAUAUACCUCUAAAUCAUUUGAUUCUACCAACAUUAUUGGAGACACGACUCCAACGCUUAGUCAUGGUAUUCCGACAACUUUACCGCAAAACACACGAUUUUCUGACGAUAUCACUAGUACGACAAAUAGCUUAAUUACGUCACCAUUAGUAACAAACGAUGUUGACGUUUCAUUUGGAGCGGUAACAACUGAAAGCGAUAUAAUUAUAAUGACACCAUAUUCCAAACUUACUGAUAAAACCACAUUCACACCAGGUAAAGAAGACACUACCGUAAUAUCUAUCCUUCAACAAAAUAUUACUGACAUUAAACAAAAUAAUAGUAUAUUAAACGAAUCGGUCACUAAAGUAAUGCCUGAUAAUGCUUCUUCGAAUACUCAAUCCACGAAUAUUUACGUUACAUCUAAAGUACAACAUACGUCGACAGGAAUUAUAAGUACAUCGACUGAGAGUUUGUCAUCUCGUAGAAAAAUUGUUGAUAUUUCUGCUUGGACUGACACAACUCUAACUGACAUGACUUCGACUGAGACUACUGUACAAAGUACUGACUUACAUAUUAACACCUGUAAAACAAACUCAAAUUGCCCGACGAAUAAAGCCUGCCUUAACGAAGUGUGCCAGAAUCCGUGUGAAAUAGAUGGAAAUGGUUGUACAAAGAACGAAUCAUGUAUAGUCGUGGGUCAUGCCGCCAUUUGUGUGUGUAACGACGUCACUGGGAUCCACUGCUCACGCAAAGAAUCACCUGGAACACCCAAGGUACCAGAACCUUGUCACUCUGAUCGGGACUGUAUAGAGACCGAAGCCUGUUUUAUGGGAUUGUGUCAAAAUCCCUGUGAGUUCGACAACGUAUGUGGCAUAGGAGCCAAUUGCCAACCAGUAAAGCAAAGGCCUAUGUGCUCGUGCCCUGCCGGACAUGAUGGAGAUCCUGCUGUUAAAUGUUCACCUAAAAUAUUUGGUUGCACUCAAAAUGAAGACUGCCCCUUGACUGAAGCUUGUAUAAAUAAUGCAUGUCAACACCCAUGUGCCAUACACAAUCCGUGCGUACCAAAUGCGGUCUGUAUAAACACAAACCAUGGAUCAGACUGUAGCUGUGUCGAAGGAUACCAAGGAAAUGGCUACGUUGGAUGUGUGCCAGUAAUACCACCCGGUUCAGUAUGUCAAUAUAAUGAAGACUGUCCUCCAGAACUGCUAUGUGACAAAUUGAACAGAGUUUGCAUAAGCCCCUGUGCUGUAAAUAAGUGUGGAGAUAACGCAGAAUGUUUCCCAGCAAAUCAUGGUAUACAAUGCAAAUGCUCUGCUGGUUUUACCGGAAAUCCUUUCCUUGAAUGUUUCCAAGUACAAGGAUGCCGUUCAGAUAACGAAUGCGCAAAUUCUGAAGCCUGCAUAAAUGGCAAAUGUGGGUCUCCAUGUCGAUGUGGAAUAAACGCUGUAUGUGACGUUUUGAAUCACCGCGCAUCAUGUAAAUGUCUACCAGGUUACACUGGAAAUCCGCAACAUGGAUGUGAACCACCUACAAAUCCAUGUAUUCCAAAUCCUUGUGGAACCAACGCAAUGUGUGAAAGUGAUAACGGCAAUCCAAUUUGUUUCUGUCCUAAAGGAUUAACAGGAAAUCCUUUCAAAAAUUGCAUACCUGAAGGAAAUGAAUGUGAACCAAAUCCGUGUGGCCCGUAUUCUGGAUGCAGAUUAAUCGAUAACAAACCUGCUUGUUUCUGUUUACCCAACUAUGAAGGAGAUCCUCCUCGUCAACAAUGUCGCUUACCAAAUAAUCCAUGCAAUCCGUCUCCCUGUGGGCCCAACACACAAUGCACAAUACAAUCAAAUGGAUUUGCAAAAUGCACUUGUUUACCAGGUUACAUAGAAAGUCCCAAUACAAUUAGAGGAUGUGUGGAAUCACGCAAUCCUUGUGAACCAAAUACUUGUGGUAUCGGAGCACGAUGUGACCCGAACCGAUCUCCGCCGUGUUACUGCCCUGAAAACGCUAUAGGUAAUCCGUAUAAAUCGUGCAACACACAAGGUUAUCUGCCACCUGACGUACUUUGUCGACCAGGUCCAUGUGGUCCAAAUGCAGAUUGUUACGUUAGUGGCAAUAUGGAAAUGUGCUUCUGUAAGACUGGAUUUACUGGGGAUCCACAUGUUGGCUGCCAACCUCAAAGAAGUCCGUGUACACCCAACCCUUGUGGGCCUCAAGCCAUCUGUCAAGUCAACUACGAAGGACAAGCAUUGUGUAUUUGUCCUGAAGGCAGUAUAGGUGAUGCUUACGGAGUUGAUGGUUGUCAUUCUCGAGAAUGUGAAGUAGAUGAUGAAUGUAAACUUAACCGAGCUUGUAUUGGAUAUACUUGUCGGGACCCGUGUCCAGGUGCGUGUGGAAUAAAUGCUAAAUGUCGUGUUGAAUCUCAUAGACCAGUUUGUGUAUGUGCAGAUGGAUUUGUCGGCAAUCCUUUAAUGAGUUGUUUGCCACCUGGGGACCAAAAAUCGAAUCCUAAAAAACCUUGUAACACGGUAAGGUGUGGUAUAAACGCAAUUUGCCAAGACGUUGGUGAUAAAGCUCUAUGUUCUUGUCCACCUAAUUUCCUUGGAGAUCCAACAGUAGAAUGUAAACCUCAAUGUACUAUGAAUUCGGAUUGUUCACCUAAUGAAGCUUGUAUAAACCAAAAGUGUACAGAUCCAUGUUCAUUCAACAACGUGUGUGGUAUACAUGCAGUGUGUUUGUGUUCCGAACACACGGUGUCCUGCAUGUGCCCAGAUGGAUAUAUCGGAGAUCCUUUGACUCAAUGUCUUUAUCGACCAAUAAUAAUUGGAUCUGAUAAUACGACUGUUCAACCAUGCUCGCCUAAUCCUUGCGAUCCUACCGCCCCUUGUGAUACUUAUGGAAAUCAAUUUGCAAUUUGCGACACUUGUGUUGGACCAAAUGCAGUAAAUAAUCCAGCGUGUAGACCAGAAUGCGUGUUUAAUUCAGAAUGUGCCUUUAAUAAGGCUUGUUUGAGAAAUAAAUGCGUAGAUCCCUGCCCAGGCUCAUGUGGCAUUAAUGCAUUGUGUUCAGUUUAUCACCAUGAUCCGAUAUGUCACUGCAAAGAAGGCUUCGAAGGAAAUCCUUAUGAACAUUGCAAGCCAACCAGAAAUCCUGUUUUGGCCGAAACGUGCGACAAUGUAAGAUGUGGUGCUAAUGCUAUUUGUGAAGAUAUAAAUGGUGCCCAAACUUGUAAAUGUUUGCCAAACUUUUAUGGAAAUCCCUAUAUGUCAUGCCGUCCUGAAUGUGUCGUCAAUAGUGAUUGCUCACCAGAGUUGGCCUGCUUGAAUAAUAAGUGUGAAAACCCUUGUACCGACAUAUGUGGUAUUGGUGCUUUAUGUAAAACCGUCAACCAUCACGCGGUAUGUUAUUGUGAAGUAGGCAACACUGGAGAUCCUUAUGUAAGGUGCCAACCAACCGUGUCAUUGCCACCUACCGGGUCUACAUGUGACCCAUCGCCUUGUGGACCAUACAGUCGAUGCCUUGUAUCACCUUCAGGAUUUGCAGUAUGCUCGUGCUUACCAGGUCAUAGAGGAGUAGCACCAAUGUGCCAACCUGAGUGUGUCAGUAAUUCGGAUUGUUCUCAAACGGACACCUGUGUAAAUCAACGGUGUACUAAUCCAUGUCAGGGCAGCUGUGGUGUAAAUGCCGAAUGUAUUGUAGUUAAUCAUAACCCAAUAUGUAGUUGUAGCCCAGGAAAAACAGGAGAUCCAUUUGUAGCUUGUGCUGAAGUCAUAGAACCUGUGCCUGUGGACAAAAACCCUUGUAUACCAUCACCGUGUGGCCCCAAUUCUGUUUGCGAAAUUAAGUCAAACCAUCCAGUGUGUUCGUGUCGUCCAAAUUAUUCAGGCACGCCUCCAUACUGUAGACCAGAAUGUGUUAUAAGUCAAGAAUGUCCAUCUAACAGAGCAUGCAUCAACGAGAAAUGUGUCGAUCCAUGUGUUGGUGCCUGCGGUAACAAUGCCAGAUGUAACGUAGUAAAUCACACACCUCUUUGUAGUUGCCUUGAAGGAUAUAGAGGUGAUGCGUUUGUAGGUUGUGUUGCAAUUGCGAAAGAUGAAUCACGAACACCAUGUAACCCAUCACCUUGUGGGGACAAUACUGUAUGCACAGUUGUGAACAAUGUAGCACGGUGCUCAUGUAUACCUCCUAAUAUUGGUAAUCCGUACGCUGGAGGCUGCCGACCAGAAUGUACUAUAAACUCAGAUUGCCCGAACCACUUAGCAUGCUUAUCCAAUCACUGCAGAGAUCCAUGCAAAGAUUUAUGUGGCGUAAACGCUGAAUGUUCUGUCACUAAUCAUGUUCCAGUAUGUACAUGUUUCAAAGGGUAUGAAGGCAAUCCAUUCUCAUCAUGUCGUCAGAAACCGAAAGCACCAUCACCUUUCAAUCCCUGUGAGCCAUCGCCGUGUGGAGCAAACAGUGAAUGUCAUGUAGUGAAUGACCGUGCCGCAUGUUCAUGCCGCGCUGGAUUCUUGGGUGCACCACCUGCCUGCCGUCCUGAGUGUGCAGUAAAUUCUGAUUGUCCUACAAACAAAGCUUGCAUCAAUCACAAGUGCAAGGAUCCUUGUCUUCAUAGUUGCGGUUUAGAUGCAAGAUGUCACGUAGUUGGACAUAAUCCAAUUUGUACUUGCCCAGAAAAUCUACCCGAAGGUGACCCAUUUAUCAGAUGUUACAGGAAAACUAUUACUCAACCAGCGCCGGACCCAUGUCUACCAUCGCCAUGUGGCCCACAUUCUUCCUGCCGCAAUGAAGCCGGCCGUGCAGUUUGUUCGUGCGAACCAGGCACGCUGGGGGCGCCACCGUCUUGUCGUCCACAAUGUGUUAUAAACCAAGACUGCCCGCUGGCGCUUGCUUGUCUAGCAGGCAACUGUGUGAACCCAUGCGUAGGGUCCUGUGGCUUUAAUGCGCGAUGUAUCGUGCAAAACCACCAACCAGUAUGUUCAUGUGACGAAGGAUUUUCUGGUGAUCCAUUUGCUGGCUGCAAUCCUGUUGAAGCUUCGAAAGAUGUACCUCAUCAACCUUGCAAUCCAUCACCUUGUGGACCUAAUGCCAUUUGUCGAGAAAGGAAUGGUGCUGGUUCUUGUACAUGUGUAGAUGAAUUUUACGGUGAUCCAUAUCGUGGCUGUCGUCCAGAAUGUGUUAUGAACACUGACUGUCCUAGAGACAGGUCUUGUUUCAAUAACAAAUGCGUGGACCCGUGCUCUGGCGCUUGUGGACAAAAUACUGAAUGUAGAGUCGCAAACCAUGCACCUUCAUGUUACUGCUUACCUGGAUUUAGAGGAAAUCCUCUUCAUGCAUGUACUCCUGUCUCAUCACUACCGGAACCUGUGGAUCCAUGCAACCCAACACCCUGUGGGCCGUACAGUAAAUGUCGCGUAUUUAACGGGCAUGCUGUUUGUACAUGUCUUGAUCUGUGUGUUGGCUCUCCGCCAAAUUGUAGGCCUGAAUGUAUCGUUAGUUCCGAUUGUCGACCGGAUAAAGCAUGUAUUAAUCAAAAAUGCCAAGACCCGUGUCCUGGUAUGUGCGGUAUUGAGGCUCAAUGUCAAGUAGUUAACCACAACCCUAUAUGCAGCUGUUUUAAUGGUUACACCGGUGAUCCUUUUAUUAGAUGUUUCUUUGAAGAAAAACAAAUGGAACCAAUAAAUAACUGUUUACCUAAUCCGUGUGGUCCACAUUCUCAAUGCAAAGAUAUUAAUGGACUGGCAGUUUGUUCGUGUUUAGUAAACUAUAUUGGACGUCCCCCUAACUGUAGGCCUGAAUGCAUGAUAAACGUUGAAUGUCCAGGCAACUUAGCCUGCAUUUCUGAAAGGUGUAGUGAUCCUUGUCCGGGAUCAUGUGGAUACCACGCAAGUUGUGCUGUUGUCAAACACAUUCCAGUAUGUUCUUGUGACCAAGGGUACACUGGAGAUCCAUUUUCUGGCUGUUCUCCUAUUCCAUCUAUUGAACCACAAGUUGAAAGUCCAUGCUCACGAUCACCGUGUGGAGCAAAUGCCAUAUGCAAAGAAAGACAAGGAAUCGGUUCAUGUACUUGCCUUCCUGAUUACUUUGGAGACCCAUAUGUGGAAUGCCGUCCUGAAUGUGUCUUAAACUCAGACUGUCCAAGAGACAGAGCUUGCAUCAAUAAUAAAUGUAAAGAUCCCUGUCCUGGAGUAUGUGGAAUGAACGCUGAAUGUCGUAUAAAUAAUCACGCGCCGUCUUGCGCUUGCUUGCCUGGUUACGAAGGAAAUCCAUUUACGUCUUGUUACAUACGACAAAAUGAAAUACCAAUUGAUCCGUGCUCACCCUCCCCUUGUGGACCAUACAGUUUAUGUCGUAUUACCAGUGGUCACGCUAUAUGCUCCUGUCAAGAGCUAUAUUUCGGGACUCCGCCCUUCUGUCGGCCGGAAUGCAUAGUUAGCAGCGAAUGUAUGCCCAACAAAGCAUGUAUCAAUCAGAAAUGUGUUGAUCCCUGCAUCGGAGCGUGUGGAAACAAUGCGAAAUGUACUGUAGUCAACCACAAUGCAUUAUGUAGUUGUCCACCAAAUUACGCUGGAGAUCCAUUCGUACAUUGCUCAUAUGAAAAACGGCCGGAACCUAAGCCUUCUGGAAAUCCUUGUAUACCAUCGCCAUGUGGACCUAAUUCACAAUGCCGGGUGAUUGGCGAGACUCCGGCUUGUUCUUGUCAACCUGGUUACAUAGGAAGAGCACCUAAUUGUCGUCCUGAAUGUAUAUAUGAUGAAGAAUGUCCGAGUAACUUAGCUUGCAUCCGUGAAAAGUGUGUAAAUCCCUGCCAAGGAUCUUGUGGCUCAAAUGCGGAAUGUGUUGUAAUAAACCAUAAAGCCGUUUGCCAUUGUCGAGAAAGUUAUACUGGUGAUCCGUUUAGUGGGUGUUACUUUAUUGUCACAGUACCAAGUGAAGAUGAAACGAAUCCAUGCAAUCCAUCUCCGUGUGGUCCGAACGCCAUAUGCACUGAAAAGAAUUCGGUUGGAGCCUGUACAUGUGCGCCGGGAUACUUUGGUGAUCCAUAUUUGGGUUGUCGUCCUGAAUGUGUCACAAACAACGACUGUCCUUUUGAUAAAGCAUGCUCCAAUAAUAAAUGUGUAGAUAUAUGUCAAGGCGCGUGUGGUCUAAAUGCACAGUGUACUGUUGCGCAUCAUACACCUGUAUGCCUGUGUAUUGAUGGUUAUGAAGGAAAUCCAGUCGUAUCAUGUCAUCCACAAAGAAAACCACCUAUCGCGGAUGUAAACCCCUGUAUUCCAACGCCUUGUGGACCUUAUAGCAAUUGUAAAGUUGUGGAUGACCACGGAGUAUGCUCUUGCCGAGAAGGAUUUGUGGGCACACCACCCACUUGUAGACCAGAAUGCGUUAUAAGCACAGAUUGUCCUCAACAUCAAGCUUGCAUUAAACAAAAAUGUCGGGACCCAUGCCCAGGAACUUGUGGUGUCAACGCUAAAUGCCAAGUGAUAAACCAUAAUCCGAUAUGUACUUGUAAUGCUGGAUUUACUGGCGAUCCGUUCGUAACUUGCCAGUUGGAACAAAAACCUAUCUUAGACGUGCCUAAAGGAAAUCCAUGUGUUCCAUCACCAUGCGGUCCAUAUUCUCAGUGUAAAGUAGUUGGCGAAGCGCCUGCAUGUUCAUGCUUACCGAAUUACAUUGGUGUAGCACCAAAUUGUAGACCUGAAUGUUCUAUAAACGCGGAAUGCCCUGGUAAUCUUGCAUGCCAAAAUGAGAAAUGUGUGGAUCCAUGUCCUGGCUCUUGUGGUUUUAAUGCGGAAUGUUCUGUAGCCAAUCAUGUCGCACUAUGUAGCUGUUGGUUGGGAUAUACAGGUGAUCCUUUCAGUGGCUGUUCACCGUUCAAACAACAUUCAGAGCCACCGCCAAAUCCUUGCAGUCCAUCACCCUGUGGCGCUAACGCGUUAUGUAAAGAACGAAACGGAGUGGGCUCCUGUUCAUGCUUGCCGGAAUACUUUGGUGAUCCUUACACAGGAUGUCGACCAGAAUGUGUCUCAAAUUCAGAUUGUGAUCGCAACAAGGCGUGUUCAAACAAUCGGUGCAAAGACCCUUGUCCAGGAGCUUGCGGCAUUAAUGCUGAAUGUCGAACUGUCAACCAUUCUCCAACAUGCACGUGUCUUACUGGUUACACCGGUAACCCAUUAGUUAGAUGCGAAAUCGAAAUUGUUACAGAAAAUCCGAAGACCCCAUUAGACCCUUGUCAACCAUCACCUUGUGGGCCAAACAGCUUAUGUCGAGUGAUAAACGGUCACAGUGUAUGUACUUGUGAGAGUGACUACAUUGGCACACCACCUUCCUGUCGGCCCGAGUGUAUUGUCAGUUCGGAAUGUCCACAAGACAAAGCCUGUAUUAAAAAGAAGUGCAAGGAUCCAUGCCAGAACUCUUGCGGCGUCAACGCGAGAUGCCAAGUAAUAACACACAAUCCCAUUUGUACUUGUAGUCCCGGAUAUACUGGAGAUCCAUUUACACAGUGCACUCUGAUAGAACGUGACGUUCCUACCACAAACCCAUGUGUACCUUCUCCAUGUGGACCUAAUUCGGAAUGUCGUGUUAUUGGAGAUCAGGCUGCAUGUUCCUGUUUGCCAAACUACAUUGGCAGAGUGCCGAAUUGUAGACCGGAAUGUACUAUUGAUCCAGAAUGUCCUAGUAACACAGCUUGUAUAAACGAGCGUUGUAAGGACCCUUGUCAAGGAGCGUGCGGUGUAAAUGCUCUUUGUUUAACUAUAAAUCACAAACCAGUAUGCUCUUGCCAGCACGGAUUUACUGGUGACGCCGGAAAGAAUUGUAUUCAAAUCGUUAUAUCAUCAACUGAAAUGACUCCAACAUCAAGUCCAUGCACGCCUUCUCCAUGUGGUCCUAACGCAGAAUGCCGUGAAUACAACGGAGCUGGUGCUUGUGUGUGUUCGGAAGGCUACGAGGGUGACCCGUACAGUACGCAGGGAUGCAGAAGGGAAUGUGAGAGUAACGAUGAUUGUGUACCAAAUUUAGCAUGUACUCGAUUUAAAUGUAUCGAUCCCUGCCCAAGAACAUGUGGGCAAAUGGCACAAUGUACUGUGGAAAAUCAUAUUCCUGUUUGUACUUGUCCUAGAGGAUAUACUGGUGAUCCAUUCUUCCAGUGCAAAGAAAUUACCAUAUCUCCUACUCCACCACAAAAUCCAUGUGAACCCACACCAUGUGGACCAAAUAGCCAGUGCAGACAAGUAAACAUGCAAGCAGUAUGUUCAUGUUUACCGAAUUACAUCGGUUCACCUCCAGCCUGCCGCCCACAGUGUAUUGUUAACAGUGAAUGUGAUACUUCAAAGGCUUGUAUCAAUCAAAAAUGUGAUGACCCUUGCCCGCAUUCCUGUGGAUUGAGAGCACACUGCAUUGUAAAGAAUCAUAGUCCUAUAUGUACAUGUCCGUUGGGAAUGACUGGAGAUCCUUUCACUCAGUGUUACGGAAUUCCACCCACAACAGAAAGACCUCCAUCUUGUACUCCGUCACCGUGUGGUCCUCAUUCACGUUGUCAACUGUUAGCAAGUGGACCAGCAUGCUCGUGUCUUCCUGGUUACGUGGGUUCUCCGCCAUCUUGUCGACCAGAAUGUACAAUUAACGCCGAAUGCCCGGCUUCACUUGCAUGUGUACGACAAAAAUGUGAAGACCCGUGUCCGGGCUCGUGUGGAGUAGAUGCGUCAUGUCAUGUAUUGAACCAUGUAGCCGUGUGUGUAUGUAACGAAGGUUUUACUGGUGAUCCAUUUGCAAGAUGUCUACGUAUUCUUGAAGAUUCAACAACACCGGCCCCUACAGACCCAUGCAAUCCAUCUCCAUGUGGUGCUAAUGCUGUAUGCGACAACGGAUUCUGUACUUGUCUAGCGGAUUACAGUGGAAAUCCUUACGAAAGUUGCCGACCAGAAUGCACUGGAAGCCAAGAAUGUCCCCGAGAUAAGGCCUGUUUCAGAAAUAAAUGCCGAGAUCCUUGUCCAGGCACAUGUGGACAAAAUGCUAAAUGUGACGUCAUUAACCAUAUACCGACGUGUUCGUGUAUGACAGAAUAUACUGGCAACCCAUUCACUCAUUGUCGUCGUAUGGAACAAGAGAAAGCAAGACCAAGGGACCCUUGUCAUCCUUCCCCUUGUGGACCCAACAGUAUUUGCAAAAACGUCGACAAUGCUGCAAUUUGUGCUUGUCUUGAAGGAUUCCAAGGAUCACCACCAACUUGUCGGCCAGAAUGUGUGGUCAGCUCUGAAUGUCCGUCAACUAAAGCAUGCGUAAAUCAAAAGUGUAUUAAUCCCUGUAUAAACGCUUGUGGAGUAUCAGCACGUUGUGAAGUAAUAAACCAUAGUCCAAUUUGCAGUUGUAACUCAGGGCAAACUGGUGAUCCAUUUAAAAGUUGUUACGAUAUAGUAAUUCCACCGUCUCCACCAGUAGAUGCAUGCAAUCCAUCUCCAUGUGGACCUAAUUCACAAUGUAUGGAAAGAAAUGGAAAAGCUAAUUGCAGAUGUAUCGAAAACUACAUCGGACAACCACCAAAUUGUAGACCAGAAUGUGUGAUUAAUCCAGAUUGCCCUUCAAAUCAAGCAUGUAUUAAGAAUAAAUGUGUAGAUCCAUGUCCUGGUUCAUGUGGAGUAAAUGCUGACUGCAUCGUGGUGAGCCAUACUGUUUCCUGUAUGUGCAGAGAAAAGUUUACGGGUAAUCCAUUUAUGCAGUGUGUUGUUCAAGAAGAAAAUGCAGUUCAGCCUUGUGAUCCAUCACCAUGUGGAGCAAAUGCAAUUUGUACUCAAAGGGAUGGAGCUGGAUCAUGUUCCUGUCUAGAAGGAUACCUAGGAAAUCCUUAUGACGGUUGUCGCCCUGAAUGUGUACUAAGUUCCGAUUGUCCUGCCGAUAAAUCAUGUAUUAGAAAUAAAUGUGUAGACCCUUGCCCUGGAAUAUGUGGUAGGAACGCUGAAUGCAAUGUUAUAAACCACGUUCCAAGCUGUGCCUGUAUCAAGGGGUACACAGGAAAUCCAUUUGAUCAGUGUACGAAGGAACAACCCGUAGAAAUAGUUAAACCAUGCCAGCCAUCACCAUGUGGUCCCAACAGUAUUUGCAGAGAAAACGGUGGAUUAGCAUCAUGUGAAUGCCUUCCAGACUAUAGAGGCGCUCCGCCUGAUUGUAGACCUGAAUGUACUGAUAGUAGUGAAUGCCCAUCAGAUAGGGCUUGUCAUAGAUUGAAAUGCGCAGAUCCUUGCAGAGGCACAUGUGGCAUAGGCUCUCAUUGUCAAGUUAUUAAUCAUAGUCCAUUAUGCAGUUGCCCAGCGGGUAUGACUGGCGAUCCGUUUAAGAAAUGUUUCGAAAUUGAAAAGACAGAAUACGUACCAGAUCUACCUCAACCUCAUCCAUGUCAGCCGAAUCCUUGUGGAGCGUAUAGUGAAUGUCGACCGAUUAACAAUAGUCCGUCAUGUUCUUGUGUACAAGGAUAUAUAGGAGCUCCGCCUAACUGCCAUCCAGAAUGUCUUGUAAAUACAGAUUGUCCAUCUCAUCAGGCUUGUAUCGCAGAAAGAUGUAGAAACCCAUGUGAAGGUUCAUGUGGAUUCAGAGCAGAAUGUCGUGUUCAUGACCAUAUACCGAUUUGUAGCUGUCCUACCGGUUUUUCAGGCGAUCCAUUUAUACAAUGCACGGAAGUGUUAGAAACUCCUCCGAUCACACAAGAUCCUUGUAAUCCAUCACCAUGUGGUAGCAAUGCAAUAUGUGAUGCAGGACUUUGCUCUUGUGCUCCCGGAUAUUUCGGCGAUCCUUACACGGGUUGUCGACUUGAAUGUAGUACUAAUGGCGAAUGCUCCCCAACACGGACAUGUCAAAGAGGCAAAUGUGUCGAUCCUUGUCCAGGUGCAUGUGGGACGAAUGCUAUAUGUUCAGUCAAUAACCAUAUACCAUCAUGUACGUGUCCGCCUUCCACCUCAGGCGAUCCUUUCAAUCUGUGCACUGAGAUUAAAAAAGAAAUUCCUUCAACAUCUCCUUGCUCGCCGUCUCCAUGUGGCCCAUACAGUGAAUGUUCAGUGAGUAAAAAUGGUGCUGCUGCUUGUUCGUGCAAGGCUGGACAUGUUGGAUCGCCACCAUCGUGUCGCCCUGAAUGUCUAGUCAGCGCUGAGUGUAAAUUACAAUUGGCUUGUAUUGAUCGCCGAUGUCGAGACCCUUGCGAAGGAGCAUGUGGUCGAGGCGCACGUUGUCAAGUUAUCGCUCAUUCACCUAUUUGCACAUGUAAUGAAGAUUAUACUGGUGAUCCAUUCUCAUAUUGUUAUCCAAAACCAGCACCACCAUCAAAACCAAUUGAUCCGUGUGAGUCUUCACCAUGCGGUCCUAACUCGCUUUGCAUAAACUCUGGAGAUACACCAGCGUGCAGCUGCCAGCCAGGUUUUAUAGGAGCACCACCUAAUUGUCGACCGGAAUGUACGAUCAGCGCCGAAUGUCCUGCGGCCCUGGCUUGUGUUGCACAGAAAUGUAAAGAUCCAUGCGAACAAGCUUGUGGCCCACGGGCAAUAUGUUCUGUAGUCGACCAUCGAGCUAUCUGCGCUUGUGAACUAGGUCUAGAAGGUGACCCCUUCCAGGGUUGUACUCCUUCAAAGGUCGAAUAUCUAAAUCCAUGUGAACCAUCUCCCUGUGGUGUAAAUGCCGAAUGUAAAGUACAACGAAACGCGGGAUCGUGCUCAUGUUUACCUGAUUAUUUUGGUGACCCUUACCAAGGUUGCAGACCUGAAUGCUUAGCUGAUUCAGAUUGUCCUUUGGUUUCUGCAUGCAACAGAAAUAAAUGCAUAGAUCCUUGUCCUGGGGUUUGUGGAUAUAACGCAGACUGCUAUGUCACGAACCACAAACCGAUGUGUAACUGUAAACCAGGAUAUACUGGAACGCCACUCUCAAUUUGUCAUCCCAUUAGAGAAAAUGAUAUUGCUGCAAUAAAUGUUUGUAAUCCCUCGCCUUGUGGAACAAACGCCAUAUGUAGAGAAGUAAAUAAUCAGCCAGUUUGUUCAUGUCUUCCAAAUUACAUGGGUUCACCACCUAAUUGUAAGCCGGAAUGCGUGAUAAAUUCGGAAUGCAAAUCAAAUAGAGCUUGCGUUAAUCAACGAUGCAUUAAUCCUUGCCCAAAGCCAUGCGGUCAAAAUACGGAUUGUAAAGUAAUUAAUCACAGUCCAGUAUGUAUUUGCCGGCCGGGAUAUUCUGGGAACGCAUUUACAAUGUGUAGUCUCAUAAUGCAAACAACACCAAGUGUAGCUGCGCCGUCAAAUCCUUGCGUUCCAUCACCAUGUGGUCCAUACUCCGAAUGUCGGGAUAACAACGGAUUAGCUUCAUGUUCAUGUUUGCCGUCUUACAUUGGCUCACCACCAUACUGUAAGCCUGAAUGCGUUGUCCACUCUGACUGCCCGAGUGAUCAAGCAUGUGAAGCUGAGAAGUGUCGAAACCCUUGUGAAGGCUCUUGCGGUUUAUACGCCAAAUGUUUUGUUAAUAAUCAUGUGCCUGUCUGCCUCUGUCCGGAUGGCUUUACAGGAGAUCCGUUCAGACAAUGUAAUCCUAAGCCCAUUGAAGAUGUACCUAUGACUGCACCAAGUGAUCCUUGUCAUCCAAGCCCUUGUGGGCCGAACAGCGUUUGCAACAAUGGUGUUUGUUCAUGUGUUGCUGAAUACCACGGAGAUCCUUACCUUGGCUGCCGACCAGAAUGUGUGUAUAACACAGAUUGUCCGUUGGAUAAGGGCUGCUUACAAAAUAAAUGUGUAAAUCCUUGUAUUGGAACUUGUGGAUUGAAUGCCAACUGUGAAGUCAUGAACCAUGUGCCGAUGUGUUCUUGUCCAAAGGGUAUGAGUGGCAACGCAUUUAUAGAAUGCAGAGUAUCAGCAGUAACUAUUACCAACCCCUGCAAUCCCUCACCAUGUGGACCGAACAGCCGUUGUCAAGAAUCAAAUGGACAAGCAGUGUGUUCUUGCGUACCAGGAUAUCGCGGUAGUCCACCGACAUGUCGACCAGAAUGCGUUGUUAGCCUGGAAUGUCCUUUAAAAGAAGCCUGCAACAACCAAAAGUGUAUAAAUCCUUGUGUUGGAGCCUGUGGUACGGCAGCCAUUUGUGAUGUUAUCAAUCACAACCCAAUUUGUACAUGCCCACCCUCAUUUACUGGAGAUCCAUUUGUGAGAUGUAUCGUUACAGUUGCUGUGGAACCACAAGUCAACCCAUGUGAACCAUCACCGUGUGGACCACACUCUAUUUGCAGAAUAAGUGGAGAGAGUCCCAUUUGUGCUUGUUUACCAACCUACAAGGGAACGCCACCGAAUUGUCGGCCAGAGUGCAUUAGCAAUAGCGAGUGUGACUAUAACUUAGCAUGCCUUAAUCAGAAAUGCGCAGACCCUUGCUUAGGCGCUUGUGGUUCUAAUGCUGAGUGUAGAGUUGUUAGUCAUGCUCCUAUGUGCUUAUGUCAGGCUGGUUAUACGGGUGAUCCAUUUACUUACUGCAGUGCUAUGAAUAUCGUCGAACAGACUGAAGUUUUAACGCCAUGUAAUCCAAACCCAUGCGGAUCCAACGCUGUGUGCAAAGAACAAAGAGGUGUUGGAUCAUGUCAAUGUUUAGAGGGUUACUUGGGAAAUCCUUAUGAAGGCUGCCGACCAGAGUGUAUAGUCAAUUCUGAUUGUCCUCUGAAUAGGGCAUGUUCUAGAAUGAAUUGUAUUGACCCUUGCCCUGGUACAUGUGGCUCAAAUGCUAUAUGCCAAGUGCAGAAUCAUGUUCCGACAUGCUUAUGUCAGCAAGGAUACACAGGAAAUCCAUUCAGCCACUGUAAUAUCAUGCAAGAACCACAAGUAGUGGAAAAUAAUCCGUGUAAUCCUUCACCAUGUGGAGCAAAUAGUCAAUGUAAGGAAGUGAAAGGCCAAGCUGUAUGCUCUUGUUUACCUAGUUUUAUAGGUUCACCACCAAACUGUCGCCCUGAAUGUGUGGUGAGCUCUGAAUGUCCAUCACAUUUAGCUUGUACGAAUCAAAGGUGUUUAAAUCCAUGCGAAAACACGUGCGGAGAAUAUGCCAAUUGUAAUGUGAUCAACCAUAGCCCUAUAUGUGUUUGUAAGCAGGGCCUAACGGGAAAUCCAUUUACAAAAUGUUAUCCGAUUAAAAUUUCACAACCGCCACAAAAUGUACCAUCUCAAGAUCCGUGUUUGUCAUCGCCAUGCGGUUUAUAUGCGGAGUGUCGGAACAUUGGAAAUGCUCCUUCGUGUGCUUGCAAACCUAAUUACAUUGGAAGUCCACCUAACUGCAGGCCAGAAUGUACUAUAAACUCUGAAUGCCCCAGCAAUCAGGCUUGUAUCAAUGAAAAAUGCCGCGACCCCUGUCCAGGAGCUUGUGGUGUAAAUGCACAAUGUACUGUGUUUAACCAUAUUGCCCAAUGUGGCUGUUCUGAACAGUUCACUGGAGAUCCAUUUACGCGUUGUCUACCAGUACCAGACAAUGAUGAAACCUUCUCGGAAACUGAUUUAUGCAAUCCUUCACCUUGCGGAGCAAAUGCUCUAUGUAAUGACGGCAUUUGUACAUGCCUACCAGAAUACCAAGGGGAUCCUUAUUUCGGUUGUCGACCAGAGUGUCUUAUGAGUACAGACUGUCCCCAUAACAAGGCUUGUGUCAGAAAUAAAUGCGUUGAUCCUUGUCUAAAUACAUGUGGCAGAGAAGCUGUUUGUAACGUCUUCAACCAUGUACCCAUGUGCACGUGUCCAACAGGGUACUCAGGAAACGCAUUCCUUGAAUGUCGCCCUAUCAGAGUGACUGAGGCUAUAAAGCCUUGCAACCCAACACCAUGUGGGCCCAACAGUCAAUGCCGAGAAAUUAAUGGCCAAGCCAUUUGCUCCUGCCUUUCUGGAUAUAUGGGUGCACCACCUACUUGCAGACCUGAAUGCACAUCGAGUGCAGAAUGUCCACUCAGCCGAGCUUGUUCUAAUCAACGAUGCAUAGAUCCUUGUAAAGGAAAUUGCGGAUCAGGAGCUCAGUGUCAAGUAAUAAAUCACAACCCUAUAUGUUCCUGUCCAUCGGGCCAUACUGGGGAUCCGUUUAGUAGAUGUGUGAUAGAAGAUAUUCAACCACCACCUUACAUUAACCCAUGUGAACCAUCACCUUGUGGUCCGAACUCAGUAUGUAGAGAAGUAGGAGGUUCUCCGUCGUGUGCUUGUCAAGUUGAUUAUAUGGGAAAUCCUCCGAACUGCCGCCCAGAAUGUAUUUCUAAUUCUGAAUGUUCAAAUGAACUAGCAUGUAUCAAUCAAAAAUGUCAAGAUCCUUGUCCAGGUUCUUGCGGAUCUGGUGCUGAGUGUCGAGUAGUGAGCCAUUCUCCCCAAUGUUUGUGUCCUCUAGGAUACACUGGUGAUGCAUUCAGAGGGUGUCAAAUUAUUGAUGUUCCGCUUGCUCCUUGCUCUCCUUCGCCUUGUGGUCCAAAUGCUAUUUGUAAAGAACAAAGAAAUGCUGGUGCUUGUGUGUGCCUCCCAGAUUAUAUCGGAAAUCCUUACGAAGGUUGCCGUCCAGAAUGCGUUGUCAAUUCAGAUUGUCCUACAAACAUGGCGUGUAUCCAAAAUAGAUGUAAAAACCCUUGUAACAACAUUUGUGGACGCAAUGCCGUAUGUAAUGUUGUCAAUCACACCCCGACGUGUGUAUGUCCACCUGGCUUAACAGGAAGUCCUUAUCAAAACUGCUACGAAGAAAUACUAGAUACUCCAAUAGUUAAUAAGGAUCCUUGUUCUCCGUCGCCUUGCGGCCCAAAUAGCAUUUGCAAAGUAGCGAAUAACCAAGCGGUAUGCACAUGCGAACCUGAAUAUUUGGGAAUACCGCCUGCAUGUAGACCUGAGUGUAUCGUUAGCUCAGAAUGUAACCAACAACAAGCAUGUAUUCAACGAAAAUGUAAAGAUCCUUGUGAUGGCGUUUGUGGACUGAAUACGGAGUGCAAGGUUAUAAAUCAUAGUCCUAUUUGCUCGUGUCGUCCACAAUACACAGGAGAUCCAUUUAGCAGAUGUUAUAGGGCACCAGUUGUGGAUGUUACACCGGUGGUUACAAAUCCAUGUCUGCCAUCGCCAUGUGGUCCAUUCUCGGAUUGUCGCGAUAUGGGUGGUUUCCCGUCGUGCUCCUGUUUACCACAGUAUAUGGGUAGUCCACCAAAUUGUCGUCCAGAAUGUACCAUUAACACGGACUGUUCUAAUGAGUUGGCCUGUAUCAAUGAAAAAUGUGUAGAUCCCUGUCCAGGGUCGUGUGGGGUAAAUUCUAACUGUAGAGUACAAGGGCAUGUGUCUAUAUGCACGUGCUUUGAUGGCUACAUUGGUGAUCCAUUCCAAAGCUGUUCUUUUAAACCGAAUAUAGAACCUGUAGAGGCAGAUUUAUGCAAUCCUUCACCGUGUGGGCCAAAUGCAGUCUGCAACGAUGGAGUUUGUACUUGCUUACCUGAAUAUAACGGUGAUCCAUACUUUGAAUGUCGUCCCGAAUGUACAAUAAGUUCUGAAUGCUCGAUGGAUAAGGCGUGUGUCAAAAAUCGAUGCAUCAAUCCUUGCAUUAGCAAUACCUGUGGCAUUAACGCCAACUGUGAAGUUGUCAAUCAUAUGGCAGUUUGCACUUGUCCAUCCAGAACUACAGGCAACGCUUUUAUACAAUGUACUCCUGUGAAAGAAAUGAUUUCAUCUAAUCCGUGUCAUCCAAGUCCAUGUGGCCCUCACAGUCAAUGCCGAGAAUUUAAUGAACAAGCUGUGUGCUCUUGUUUACUUGGCUUUCGUGGAGCACCUCCUUCUUGUAGACCAGAGUGUGUUGCUAGUUCUGACUGCCCUCUCGAUAAAGCAUGUACCAAUCAAAAGUGUGUUGAUCCUUGUCAAGGAACAUGUGGUGUAGCAGCCAAAUGUCAAGUGGUGAAUCAUAAUCCAAUUUGUUCAUGUCCUACGGGAAUGACUGGAGAUCCAUUUACAAGAUGUAUGAUUAAGCCUGCUGAUGAACCUCUGAUUCCGGUAAAUCCGUGUUUACCAUCUCCAUGUGGACCCAAUUCUAUUUGUCAACAAACAAGUGGAGCUAUACCUUCAUGUCAAUGCCAACCCGAAUUUAUUGGAACACCACCCAACUGUCGCCCGGAGUGUGUGGCUAACAGUGAAUGUGCUCCACAAAUGGCUUGUAUAAAUAGAAAGUGUCAAAACCCAUGCACACAGGCAUGUGGCAUCAACGCUGAUUGUAGAGUCGUCAGCCAUACACCUAUUUGUAUUUGUCCCGAGGGAUACACAGGUGACGCAGCAGUCCACUGCUCAAUAACAGCAAUGACGCCUGUUGAAUCUCUAUCGCCAUGCACACCGUCACCUUGUGGAUCGAACGCUGAAUGCAGGGAACAAGCUGGAGCUGGAGCGUGUAUUUGUGUUACUGGAUACUUUGGCAAUCCUUAUGAAGCAUGUCAUCCGGAAUGCCUUGUAAAUUCCGACUGUCCAAGUAACAAAGCAUGUACGCGAAAUAAGUGCAUCGACCCUUGCCCUGGUACAUGUGCCGUAAAUGCUGAUUGUCAAGUGGUGAAUCAUUCGCCUUUAUGUACAUGUCGACAAGGAUAUGUUGGAGAUCCUUUCACGCAGUGUAAUUUAAAACCACAAGAAGACAUUCCCUUAAAUCCGUGCCAACCAUCACCGUGUGGUCCCAAUAGCCAGUGUCGUGUGUUGAAUGGACAGAGUACAUGCUCAUGCUUACCUGAGUAUCAAGGUUCACCUCCAAACUGUCGGCCUGAGUGUGUUAUAAGUGCAGAAUGUUCAGCAGACAAGAUAUGUCAAAAUCAAAAAUGUGUUUCGCCAUGCCCAGGUCCAUGCGGACGUAACACAGACUGUAGAGUUAUCAAUCACAGUCCUAUAUGUACUUGUCAAAAUAGGUACACCGGUGAUCCAUUUUCGAGUUGCUACAUAGUAACAGUUCAAGAACAACCACCACCUCAAGCCGAUCCGUGUGUACCAUCACCAUGUGGACCUAAUUCGCAAUGCCAAAACUUACGUGGUAUCCCUUCGUGUUCAUGUCUACCAAACUUUGAAGGCAGUCCACCAAAUUGUCGACCAGAAUGUACAAUCAAUGAAGAUUGCGCUAGUAACCUAGCUUGUAUAAAUCAGAAAUGUAGAGACCCGUGUCCAGGUUCCUGUGGCAUUAACGCUAUUUGUCAAGUCAUAAAGCAUGUUUCAAUUUGUUCUUGCACUGAAGGUUUUACUGGCAAUGCAUUUACUCAAUGCAAUCUCCUUCCACCAAAAGAAAAAGACGAUCCGUGCAAUCCAUCACCGUGUGGAAACAAUGCGGAAUGUAAUGACGGGCAAUGCAGAUGUCUCCCGGAAUUCCUUGGAGACCCAUACACAGGAUGUCGACCUGAAUGUGUACAGAGUUCUGAAUGUUCUCGUGAUAAGGCUUGCAUCAGAAACAAAUGUGUGGACCCUUGUCCUGGCACGUGUGCGAUCACAGCUACUUGUAGUGUUGUAAACCAUAUUCCAAUGUGUAGCUGUCCCGAGCGCAUGACUGGAAAUGCUUUUGUUGAUUGUCGGCCUGUAUUAGAACCAGUAAUAUCAAACCCCUGUCAACCAUCUCCAUGCGGACCAAACAGUCAAUGUAGAGAUGUCAAUGGUCAAGCAGCUUGUUCAUGUGCUCCGAAUAAUAUCGGAGCUCCUCCUGCAUGUAGGCCUGAGUGCACCAUUAGUGCUGAAUGUCCGCUCAAUCAAGCCUGCAGCAACCAACGCUGUGUCGAUCCUUGUAUUGGUUCCUGCGGCGUAAACGCUGAAUGUAAAGUAGUCAACCACAACCCAAUAUGCACGUGUCCAGUAUCGUAUACUGGUGACCCAUUCACACGUUGCCUUAGAUUACCGGAACGUUUACCUGAGCCAGUAAACCCAUGCCAACCGACACCUUGUGGACCUAACUCCCUUUGUCGAGUAGUAAAUGAAGCUCCAUCUUGCACUUGCUUGGAUGGUUACCAUGGUCAAGCUCCUUACUGUAGGCCAGAAUGCACAAGUAAUGAAGAAUGUUCUACACAUUUGUCGUGUAUUAACAAUAAGUGUAAAAAUCCAUGUGAAGGUGCCUGCGCUAGUAAUGCUGAGUGUAAAGUGGUUAGCCAUUCACCUAUUUGCCUUUGCCCGUAUGGAUUUACUGGAGAUCCAUUCUUUGACUGCGUUCACGAACCUUUGCACAUAGACUAUGUCUCUACUCCUUGUUCACCUUCACCAUGUGGAGCCAACGCUAUUUGUAAAGAGAGAAACAACGCUGGAUCUUGUACAUGCUUGGAGGGUUACAUUGGAAAUCCUUACGAAGGUUGCCGACCAGAGUGUGUUGUGAACACCGAUUGUCCUUCAAAUAGAGCUUGCAUCAACAAUAAAUGCGGCGAUCCUUGUCCAGGCAGCUGUGGUACCAACGCAGAGUGUCAAGUUGUCAAUCAUGCUCCACUAUGCACAUGUAUCAAUGGUUACACCGGAGAUCCAUUCCGCUAUUGUGUCUACCAAGAAUCAACUCCGGUUUCUACACCAGUCGAUGUAUGCUAUCCAUCACCAUGUGGACCAAACAGCCAAUGUAAAGUUGUUAGCAACCAAGCAGUGUGUUCAUGUUUGCCAGAGUACAUAGGUUCACCACCUAAUUGUCGGCCAGAAUGCGUUGUAAGCUCUGAAUGCUCGCAAGACAAAGCCUGUAUUAAGCAAAAAUGCGUGAACCCUUGUCCUGGGCCUUGUGGUACCAAUACCAAUUGCAAAGUCAUCAACCACAGUCCGAUAUGCUCGUGCAAGUCUACUUUUACUGGAGAUCCAUUUACUUUGUGUACACCUAUUAAAUACGAUCCUGUCCCUGAUGUAAGGAAUCCAUGUGUUCCAUCUCCCUGUGGAUCAAAUUCUGAAUGCCGCGAAAUUGGAAACUCACCGUCCUGCUCGUGUUUGCCAUCAUUUAUUGGUAGUCCACCUAAUUGUCGACCGGAAUGCACAAUACACUCUGAUUGCCAAAGUGAUCGAGCAUGCAUUAAUUCAAAGUGUUUAGACCCGUGUCCUGGAUCAUGUGGUGUGUCAGCCGUAUGCAGUGUUCUUAACCAUAUUCCUAUAUGUUCAUGCAUCGAAGGAUAUAUUGGAGAUCCGUUCACUAGCUGCAGACCAAAACCGUUAGAAGUUGAACCAACCGUUGUGGAUGCUUGCACAAAUAUACGGUGUGGAUCCAAUGCUGAGUGUGUAAAUGGACAGUGUCAAUGUCUACCCGAAUACCAUGGAGAUCCAUACUUCAAUUGCCGACCAGAAUGCGUUUUUAGUUCUGAUUGUGAUCAAACCAAAGCUUGUGUUCAAAGAAAAUGUGUUGAUCCGUGUAUUGGUGCAUGUGGGCAAAAUGCUGUGUGUCAAGUUGUUAAUCACAUACCCAUGUGCAGCUGCAAUAGUGGUUUUACUGGAAAUGCAUUCGUAUUAUGUAGUCCUAUAAGAGAAGUACCUGCUCAAAACCCAUGUAGCACGUCGAUCUGUGGCCCCAAUAGUCAAUGUCGGGAAGUUAAUAACCAAGCCGUGUGUUCGUGCUUGCCUACAUAUUUGGGUAUACCACCAGCUUGUCGACCAGAAUGUGUCGUUAGUGCAGAGUGUCCACAAAAUGAAGCUUGUAUGAAACAGAAAUGUGUGAACCCUUGUAUAGGAACCUGUGGACUAAGAGCUACGUGUGAAGUGGUUAACCACAAUCCUAUUUGUGCUUGCCCUGCAGCACAUUCUGGUGAUCCAUUCGUCGAGUGCACUUUCAUUUCAAAUUCUCCGCCUUUAGAAAUCAACCCGUGUCAGCCUUCACCAUGUGGACCAAAUUCGAUAUGUAAAGAAAUUAAUGGAAGUCCGUCUUGUACUUGCUUGCCUGAAUAUAAAGGUCAACCACCGUACUGUAAACCGGAAUGUAUAAGUAAUAGCGAAUGUUCUCCCCAUUUAGCAUGUGUCAAUCAAAAGUGCCGAGAUCCAUGCAUUCAGGCGUGUGGAGCAAAUGCUGAAUGCCGAGUAGUUAGCCACUCAGCUAUGUGUGUGUGUCCACAAGGGUAUUUCGGAGAUCCAUUUUCACAAUGCACACCGCAAAGCGUAAAUGAAUUAUUGACUCCAUGUUCUCCAUCACCCUGUGGAUCGAAUGCUAUAUGCAGAGAACAAAAUAAGGUUGGAUCUUGCAUUUGUAAUGAAGGAUACUUUGGAAAUCCAUACGAAGGAUGUCGACCAGAAUGUGUCAGCAACUCGGACUGUCCAGGAAACAGAGCUUGUAUUGGGAACAAAUGUCAAGACCCUUGUCCUGGUACUUGUGGAAUCAAUGCCGAAUGUUCUACGAUACACCAUGCUCCGACUUGUACUUGCUUAACAGGUUAUACAGGCGACGCAUUCCGUCGAUGCAACCUCAUUCCUGCACAAGAUGUAAUUCCAGUAAAUGUAUGUUAUCCAAACCCAUGUGGACCAAAUAGUCAAUGUCGGGAAAUAAACGGACAGGCCACCUGCAGCUGUUUACCUAAUUAUCUCGGAGAACCACCUGCUUGCAGAUUAGAAUGUGUCAUGAACUCAGACUGUGCUUCAGACAAAGCAUGUAUCAACCAAAAAUGUGUGAACCCUUGUCCAGGCCCCUGCGGUCAGAGAUCUGAAUGUAGAGUGUUCAAUCAUAAUCCUAUUUGUAGCUGUGGUUCAGGUUUAACAGGUGAUCCAUUCACUAGAUGUUAUCCAAAGCCAGCACCCCAGCCGGUUUUAGAUGAAGCUAAAGACCCGUGUAUACCAUCACCGUGUGGUGUUUUUUCAACUUGCCGUAACUUCGGCGGACAAGCUUCAUGCUCUUGUUCGCCGGGGUACAUCGGUAGCCCGCCUAACUGUCGCCCCGAGUGUGUUACGAAUCAAGACUGUAUCAGUUCAUUGGCAUGCAUCAAUCAGAAGUGCAGAGAUCCUUGCCUCGGCUCAUGUGGUCAAAAUGCGCGUUGUUCUGUGAUGAAUCACUUAGCUAUCUGCUCGUGUUAUGAAGGUUACAAAGGCGACCCAUUCACUGCGUGUACAGUAGAACCGUUAAAAGAUCCCAGUCCACUCGACCUGUGUAAUCCUUCGCCAUGUGGCUCCAAUACAGAGUGCCACGACGGAGAAUGUACAUGCUUGCCGGAGUAUCAUGGAGACCCGUACGUGGGUUGUCGUCCUGAAUGUACUGUCAGCGCAGAUUGUCAAAAGAAUCAGAUAUGUGUACGCAAAAAAUGUGUGAACCCAUGCCCGGAUACAUGCGGUGCUAAUGCUAUAUGCGAAGUUUUCAACCAUAUCCCAAUGUGCAGUUGUCCAGCCGGUUUCACAGGAAAUUCUUUUGUUUCAUGCAACGUAUUACAAGCACCUUUGCCGACCAACCCAUGCAAUCCAAGUCCAUGUGGUCCAAACAGUCAAUGUCGAGAUAUAAAUAAAGUAGCUGUGUGUUCCUGUAUACCCGGCUACUCUGGAAACCCUCCAACAUGUCGCCCAGAAUGCACUACUAGCGCGGAAUGUCCACUUAACAAGGCUUGUAACAAUUAUAAGUGUGUUGAUCCAUGCAUUGGAGCAUGUGGAGUCUCAGCACAUUGCGAGGUCGUAAACCACAACCCUAUUUGCUCGUGUCCAAAUGAAUUCACUGGUGAUCCAUUUACCAGAUGUGUACCAAAACCACAGGAAAUCCCACCCCAAAUAAACCCUUGUUUGCCUUCACCUUGUGGACCAAAUGCAAUUUGUCAAGCCAUUAAUGAAUCACCAUCGUGUACUUGUAUGGCAGAGUUUAUUGGAGCGCCACCGAACUGCCGACCAGAAUGUACUAGUAACAGCGAAUGUGCGAAUCACUUAGCGUGCAUCAACAACAAGUGUGGUGAUCCUUGCGUAGGUGCAUGUGGCUCCUUAGCAGAAUGCCGUGUUGUUAGUCAUACUCCUAAUUGCGUAUGUCCGCAAGGGUAUAUUGGAGAUCCAUUUGUCUAUUGUAACGUACAACAGGAUGUGGCUCCAGUGGAACGACCUACACCUUGCACUCCAUCUCCAUGCGGAAGCAAUGCUAUAUGUAAAGAACGUAACAAUGCCGGCUCUUGUGUUUGCGCAUCUGGUUAUUUUGGUAAUCCUUAUGAAGGCUGUCGACCUGAAUGUACAGUCAAUACAGAUUGUCCUUCAAACCGAGUGUGUCAGCAAAACAAGUGUCAGGAUCCAUGUCCUGGUACAUGUGGUACAAAUGCUCAGUGCCAAACUGUGAAUCACGCACCCAUAUGUACCUGCAAUAGUGGGUACACAGGCAAUCCAUUCCAUCACUGUAGUAUUAUACAAAAUAUCGAACCAUCAACAAAUCCUUGUACGCCAUCACCAUGUGGUCCCAAUAGUGCAUGUAAGGAAGUAAAUGAUCAAGCAGUUUGUACUUGUUUACCAAAUUACAGAGGUGCUCCACCAAACUGUAGACCUGAAUGUGUCGUUAGUGCAGAAUGUCCUUCCAACUUAGCAUGUGUCGGACUGAAAUGCAUUGACCCGUGUGUUGGUCAGUGUGGUUUUAAUGCAAACUGCCUUGUCAUCAAUCACAGUCCCAUAUGCUCUUGCAAAAAUGGUUAUACUGGAGAUCCAUUCAGUAGGUGCUACCAAAUAUUGACAAUACCUCAAAUCCAAGAGGCGCCUAAAAACCCUUGCUUGCCAUCACCUUGUGGACCGUUCAGUGAAUGUAGAGAUAUUGGAGGAAUACCAUCUUGCACCUGUCUUCCAAAUUAUAUAGGAGCUCCACCAGGUUGUCGUCCUGAGUGCAUUAUUAACGCUGACUGCUCUAGCAACUUAGCUUGCAUCAACCAGAAAUGCAAAGAUCCUUGUCCAGGUUCUUGUGGAUUAAACGCUCAAUGUACUGUGAAGAACAACAUGCCCAUCUGUACCUGUCUCGAUGGUUACACUGGCGAUGCUUUUACUGAAUGUAAAAUUCAAGAAAUACCAAAUGACGAAGUUGAUUUAUGUAAUCCAUCACCUUGUGGAGCAAAUGCUGUUUGCGACAACGGGGAAUGCUCGUGCUUACCUGAAUAUCAAGGAGAUCCAUACUACGAAUGUCGUCCAGAAUGUGUGCUGAGUUCUGACUGUCCUCAUGACAAAGCAUGCCUGCGGAAUAAAUGCGUAAACCCAUGCAAUAGUGGUGUGUGCGCUACAAACGCAAUCUGUGAAGUUACCAACCACAUACCAAUGUGCCGAUGUCCAGAACGUAUGACAGGCAAUGCGUUUGUCCAAUGUUAUCCAGUGGAAGUUAUGCCUACGCAUCCUUGUCAACCAAGCCCGUGUGGACCUAAUAGCCAAUGUAGGGAAAUAAACAGCCAGGCAAUUUGUUCGUGUCUUAGUGGAUACAAGGGAAGUCCACCGUCUUGUAGACCAGAAUGUACUGUCAGCACAGAUUGUUUGCCGAACGAAGCGUGUAGUAAUAUGAAAUGUGUUGAUCCAUGCCAAGGAGCAUGUGGCGUUGCAGCAAAAUGCCAAGUGAUUAAGCACAAUCCCAUUUGCUCAUGCCCACCAUCGUACACUGGAAAUCCCUUCGUUAGAUGUAUCAUUCAAGAAUUUAAUCCAGAGCCUAUAAAUCCCUGUCAACCAUCACCAUGUGGACCAAACUCAGUAUGCAAAGAAACAUUAGGUGCUCCGUCAUGUUCAUGCGUCAGUGGUUUUGUGGGAUCACCCCCAUAUUGCAAGCCAGAAUGCAUUAGCAAUUCCGAAUGUUCUCUUCAUCUUGCUUGUAUAAAUCAAAAAUGCACUGACCCUUGCAUUGAUACAUGUGGUACAAAUGCCCAAUGCCAUGUAAUAAGCCAUUCGCCUUCGUGUACUUGCCUGGCUGAAUAUACCGGUAAUCCAUUUAUAGAAUGCCAUAGAAUUGAAAUUUUACAAGAAGUAACCUCUCCGUGCCAACCUUCUCCUUGUGGAGCUAACGCCGUUUGCAAAGAAUACAAUAGUGCAGGAUCAUGUACUUGUCUUCCUGACUAUUACGGUAAUCCAUAUGAAGGUUGCAAACCUGAGUGCGUAAUUAACACAGAUUGUCCAUCAAACAAAGCUUGUCUUCAAUCAAAAUGUCAAGAUCCUUGUCCUGGUGCUUGUGCUCCAAAUGCUUUGUGCCAAGUGGUCAAUCAUGCUCCAUCAUGUUCUUGUCAAAGAGGCUUUACAGGGGACCCGUUCAGAUAUUGCACCCCAGAACAAAUAUUGGAAACUCCAAUUGAUGUUUGCCGACCUUCACCUUGUGGACCGAACAGUCGUUGCCAAGAAGUAAAUAAGCAAGCAGUUUGCUCUUGUGAAGCAGGUUAUAUAGGAGUGCCACCAGGUUGUCACCCUGAAUGUGUCACAAGUGCAGAGUGCCCGAGAGAGAAAGCUUGUAUAAAUCAGAAAUGCGCGAACCCGUGUCUGCAAGCUAAUAUAUGUGGUACAAACGCUGAAUGUAAAGUAAUUAACCACAGCCCUAUUUGCACAUGCGUAGUUCGAUACACUGGAGAUCCGUUCACCAGAUGCAAUCCAAUACCACCACCUGUAGCAAAUUCUGUAAUGGAGCCAUACAGGAAUCCAUGUCUGCCAUCCCCAUGUGGUCCUAACUCUAUAUGUCAAGAGACCCGUAAUGUACCUUCUUGCACAUGCAUGCCUAAUUUCGUCGGUAGUCCACCUAAUUGCAGACCAGAAUGUACUAUCAAUUCAGAAUGUUCUACUUCACAAGCAUGCAUUCAGCAAAAAUGUCGGGACCCGUGUUUAGGGUCUUGUGGUGUAGGUGCUUUAUGCACAGUGUCUCGUCAUACUCCUAUUUGUACGUGUCCAGAUGGCUACACUGGCGAUGCUUUUACGGUGUGCUCUCCUAAGCCUCUAGAGGCUGAAAUUAUAGAUAAAUGCAAUCCGUCUCCUUGUGGUCCAAAUGCUAUAUGUAAGGAUGGUGUAUGCUCAUGUAUAGAAGAACACCAAGGAGACCCGUACAUUGGUUGUCGACCUGAAUGUGUGCUUAGCACUGAUUGUCCGCACGAUAGAGCUUGCGUCAGGAACAAAUGUAUUGAUCCUUGUCCAGGAACCUGUUCCUCUAAUGCAAUUUGUGAUGUCAUUAAUCACGUACCAAUGUGCAGUUGUCCUCAAGGCAUGACUGGCAACGCAUUUUACAAUUGUGAACCUAUUCGGGUACCCAUUGUGACGAACCCAUGUAUUCCAUCUCCUUGUGGACCUAACAGUCAAUGCAGAGAAAUAAAUGGGCAAGCUGUGUGUUCAUGUGUAGCGGGAUACCUUGGAAGCCCACCUCUGUGUAGGCCGGAAUGUGUAGUCAGUUCUGAUUGCCCACUCAACAGAGCAUGUAGUAAUCAGAAGUGUAUUGACCCUUGUGUUGGAUCAUGUGGUGUGGAAGCAAAAUGUAAUGUCGUUAAACACAAUCCUAUUUGCACUUGUCCACCCAAAUAUACCGGUGAUCCAUUUAUAAGAUGUGUACCAUUUAGAGCUCCAUCUGCAGAUAUAACUCCAUGUGUACCAUCACCUUGUGGACCUAAUUCCAUUUGUAAAGAGCUAUCGGGAUCACCCUCAUGUACUUGUAUGCCAAACUAUUUUGGUUCACCACCAUACUGCAGACCUGAAUGUACGAGCAACAGUGAAUGUCCUUCUAACCAAGCCUGUAUCAAUCAAAAAUGCAAAGAUCCCUGCAUAAACGCAUGUGGUAUCAAUGCUCAAUGUAAAACGAUUAGUCAUUCUCCAACGUGUUUCUGUGAAAAUGGGUUUACUGGUGAUCCAUUCAGUAACUGCUAUCUACAACAGAAUAUCUACCCAGAGAAAACUUCACCCUGUGAACCAUCACCUUGCGGACCUAACGCUGAGUGCAGAGAGCAUAAUGCAGCCGGGUCUUGUACUUGUUUACAUGACUACAUAGGCAACCCUUACGAAGGGUGUAGACCAGAAUGUGUAGUAAACACGGAUUGUAUACCAAGUAAAUCAUGUAUACGUAAUAAAUGUCAGGAUCCAUGUCCAGGAACGUGUGGCCCAAUGGCAUUAUGCACGGUUGUUAAUCACCUCCCAUCAUGUAGCUGUCCUGGAGGUUACAGUGGUGAUCCAUACAUAAGAUGUGGUAUCUUAAGAGAUCCUGUUCCAGAAGUAACUACUCCUUGUGUACCAAAUCCUUGCGGACCAAAUAGUGUAUGUCGUGCUGUCAAUGGACAAAGUGUAUGUUCUUGUAUGCCAAACUACGUUGGCUCUCCUCCUGGUUGUAGACCGGAAUGUACAGUUAGUUCAGAAUGUUCCAAAGAGAAAGCUUGCAUCAAUCAAAAAUGUUCCGACCCAUGCCCUGGCCAUUGUGGAUUAAACACAAUCUGUAAAGUGAUCAAUCAUAGUCCUAUAUGUUCUUGUAAUUCUGGCUAUAUUGGAGAUCCAUUUACCCGCUGUUACCCACAACCACCUAUGCAACAGCCGCCUGAACCAAUAGGGAAUCCCUGCAUACCUAAUCCUUGCGGAGAGAAUGCAAUUUGCCGCAAUAUCAAUGAUGCCCCGACGUGCACAUGUUUGCCUGAUUACAAGGGGCUUCCUCCUAACUGUAGGCCAGAAUGUGCUAUAAACCAGGACUGUCCAUCAGACAAAGCAUGUAUUAAUCUGAAAUGUCGCGAUCCAUGUCCGGGUAGUUGCGGCCGGAAUGCAAUAUGCACUGUAUUUACACACGUUCCGGCAUGUACCUGCAGUCAAGGAUUUACAGGAGAUCCAUUUACUUCUUGUAAUAUGCUAGCUCCUAUAGAAGAUGACACCCCGCCAGAUCCCUGCAACCCUUCGCCCUGUGGGUAUAACGCUCAAUGCAGAGACGGCAUUUGUACGUGCAUAAGUGACUAUCAAGGUGACCCAUACUUCGGCUGCAAACCUGAAUGCUUAACAAGCAUGGAAUGUUCAUUGGACAAAGUUUGCUCAGGAAAUAAAUGUAUAAAUCCUUGCCCCGGAACAUGUGCUCCAAGUGCACAAUGUAAUGUUUACAACCAUAUUCCAAUUUGUACAUGCCCCGAAGGAACCACGGGCAACGCAUUCGUAGAAUGCCAUACGUAUGAAGUUAUAAAUGUCGAGCCUUGUAACCCAAGUCCUUGUGGCCCCAACAGCCAGUGCCGUACAAUAAACAACCAAGCAGUUUGUUCGUGUCUACCGACGUUUGUAGGAGCUCCUCCAUCUUGUAGACCAGAGUGUACAAUCAGUGCUGAAUGCCCUCUGAACGAAGCCUGUAACAAUCACAAAUGUAUAAAUCCUUGCAUUGGUAGUUGUGGCUACGCAGCGAAAUGUGAAGUGGUCAAUCAUAAUCCAAUAUGUUCAUGUCCACCUCAAUAUACGGGAGAUCCAUUUGCUCAGUGUACUUUAAUAGUCGCAACUCCCCUGCCACCAGUUGAUCCAUGCACACCGUCACCUUGUGGUCCUUAUUCAAUAUGUAAAGUUAUUGGUGAUUCACCAUCAUGUACAUGCCAAACUGAAUAUAUUGGUGCUCCGCCAAAUUGUCGACCAGAAUGCAUAAGCAACUCAGAAUGCCCGAGCAACUUGGCGUGUGUUAACCAAAGGUGCAAAGACCCAUGUCCAGGCAGCUGUGGAUAUAACGCAGACUGUAAAGUAAUCAGCCAUGCCCUUGUGUGUUCCUGUCCAUUCGGCCAAACGGGAGACCCUCUAAUAUCAUGUGCUCCUGUAAAAGAUAGCAAAAUUGAAUAUAACUCACCUUGUGAACCGUCACCAUGUGGACUAAAUGCAGAAUGCACAGAGAGGAAUGGGGUCGGAGCUUGUAGAUGUGUUGACACGUUCAUCGGCAAUCCGUACGAAGGGUGUCGACCUGAAUGCGUCAUUAACACUGACUGUCCUCCUAUGUUAGCUUGUAUUCAGAACAAAUGUAAAGACCCUUGCCCUGGUAUUUGUGCGCCAAAUGGUAUUUGUCAAGUGGUAAACCACUUGCCUUCCUGUUAUUGUCCGCCAGGACUUACUGGAAAUGCAUACGUUAAUUGUGUUGAAAUAGUCAGAGAUGUUGUCAAGCCAACACCUUGCACUCCAUCGCCGUGUGGACCUAAUAGUCAAUGCAGAGAAAUAAAUGCACAAGCUAUAUGUAGUUGCCAACCCAAUUUUAUGGGCACUCCACCAAACUGCCGACCAGAAUGUACUAUAAACAGUGAAUGUCCUAGUGAUAAAGCCUGCUUAAAUCGCAAAUGUCUAGAUCCCUGCGUUGGUCAGUGUGCAAGAAAUGCUAACUGCAAAGUAUUUGCUCAUAACCCAAUAUGUUCUUGUCAAGACCGAUUUACCGGGGAUCCGUUUACUAAUUGUGUGCCCAUGCCACUUUCAAUUCCUACACUACCACAACAAGUAAAUCCGUGCAUCCCAUCGCCGUGCGGUCCAAAUUCCCAGUGUCAAGAGUUUAACGGAAACGCACGAUGCACUUGCCUGCCGAAUUAUAUUAGCUCUCCACCUCGGUGCAGACCGGAGUGUACUAUCAACUCGGAAUGUAAUGCGGUCAUGGCAUGUAUAAAUAAUAGGUGCUCAGACCCAUGUCCUGGAGCCUGCGGUAACAACGCACAGUGUAACGUCAAUAAUCAUCUGCCGAUUUGCUCGUGUUUGCCUGGUUUCAGUGGUGACCCCUUCACUAACUGUGAAAUUAUGCAUCAAGAAAUCGAACCGGUAAACCCUUGCUCGCCGUCACCGUGCGGAAGCAACGCCGUUUGUGAUAAUGGUGUUUGCACCUGCUUACCAGAAUACUUCGGUGAUCCUUACUUCGCAUGUAAGCCGGAAUGUGUACUUAACUCAGACUGCUCACGAGAUAAAGCAUGUAUUAGGAACAAAUGCAAAGAUCCAUGCAUCGGAAUUUGUGGAAGUGGAGCCAUUUGUGAAAUUAUAAACCAUAUUCCUAUGUGUUCAUGCCCAGUGGGCACUACUGGAUCCCCAUUCCAUUACUGCAAUGAAGUCAAGGAACCAGCAGCACCGAUCAACUUAUGUGAACCAUCCCCAUGCGGUCCCUACAGUCAAUGUAGAGAAGUGAGUGGGCAUGCUGUGUGUGUUUGUGUGCAAGGCUAUGUGGGCAGCCCACCCAACUGCCGGCCGGAGUGUACCGUCAGCUCAGAUUGUAAUCUAAAUCGAGCCUGUUCCAAUCAGAAGUGCAUAGAUCCUUGUCCUGGUGCAUGCGGACGUAACACACAUUGUAUAGUGGUCAACCACAAUCCCGUGUGCACUUGCUUGUCAGGAUAUUCUGGAGACCCAUUUUCUACUUGUCAAAUUAUCCCUUCCAAGCCACCGGAGAAGGUUAACCCCUGCCUUCCUUCACCAUGUGGACCAAACUCACAGUGCACGGAAAAUGGAAAUAAUGCUGAUUGCAGGUGUUUACCCGAGUAUAUCGGUGCUCCACCUAAUUGUAGACCAGAAUGCACCAGUAACACCGAAUGUGCAUCAAACAUGGCUUGCAUAAAUAGGAAAUGUAAAGACCCUUGUCAAGGCUCGUGUGGUGUGAAUGCUGAAUGUAGAGUCGUUAGUCAUACACCUAUCUGCUUAUGUCAAAACGGCUACACCGGUGAUCCAUUCCUUUUCUGUAACAUCGAAGUAGCUGCUAUAGAACAAGAUCGACCAACUCCAUGCGUGCCUUCGCCAUGUGGCGCAAACGCACAAUGUCGAGAACAAAAUAAUGCUGGCUCAUGUACAUGUCUCCCUGGAUAUUUUGGUAACCCCUACGAAGCAUGCAAGCCCGAAUGUUUGGUAAAUUCAGAUUGUCCAUCAAACUUGGCGUGUUAUCAAAAUAAGUGCCACGAUCCCUGUCCAGGCACGUGUGGCAUAAACGCGCUAUGUAACGUAAUCAAUCAUAUUCCAAGUUGUUCAUGCCCAGAACAACAUUACGGUGAUCCAUAUAAAAUAUGUACUUUCAAAGUCCAAUCUGAUCCAGUAGACCCUUGCAAUCCGUCACCAUGCGGUCCAAACAGUCAAUGCAAAACCCAAAACGGCAUUGCUACCUGUACAUGUCUAAAUGGAUACCAAGGAACUCCACCAGAUUGCCGACCGGAAUGUGUAAUAAGUUCGGAAUGUCCAUUGGACAAAGUAUGUGAAAACUUUAAAUGUGUGUCUCCCUGUGAGAAGGCUUGCGGUAUACAAACAGAAUGCAGAGUAAUAAAACACAAUCCAAUAUGUACUUGCAAGCAAGGUUACACUGGUGAUCCAUUUUCGGUCUGCUACUUACUUCCUGACAAGCAACCUUCUCUAAUGGAACCAGUCAACCCUUGCGUUCCUUCUCCUUGUGGAUUGAAUGCAGAAUGUCGUGAUAUUGGAGGAGUUCCAUCAUGCUCAUGUACUGUUGGUUUCUUUGGCAGUCCCCCUAACUGCAAACCAGAAUGCGUAGUAAAUACAGAUUGUAGCAAUGAUAAGACCUGUAUAAACAUGAAGUGCCAGAACCCCUGUCUAGGAUCAUGUGGCCUGAAUGCUAUUUGCAAUGUUGUUAAUCAUAUACCGGUGUGUUCAUGUCCAAGUGGAUAUGAGGGCGAUCCCUUCGCAAUAUGCAACGUUAAACCAGCAGAUCUUCCUCAAAAGAUUGAUCCAUGCCAUCCAUCACCUUGCGGACCCAAUACUGUAUGUAACAAUGGUGAAUGUAGAUGCUUGCCAGAGUAUCAAGGAGAUCCAUAUUUCGGUUGCCGACCAGAAUGCGUUCUCAGUACCGACUGCCCAUUAGAUAAGGCAUGCUUUAGAUCGAAAUGUGUGGACCCGUGCCGCGAUAUGUGCGGUCAGAACGCCGAGUGCAAUGUCUAUAAUCACGUUGCUAUCUGUAGCUGUCCAAGUGGUAUGACUGGUGACGCGUUCACACGGUGUAUCCCCAUAGAAAAACCUGCCAGUAGACCAUGUGAGCCUUCUCCGUGUGGACCAAAUAGUUUAUGCAGAGAAGCAAACGGUCAAGCGACCUGUGCUUGUCUUCAAGGUUUUAUAGGAAAUCCACCUAAUUGUCGCCCAGAAUGUAUCCAAAGCACGGACUGUGCUCCUUCUCUUGCUUGCAUUAAUAGAAAAUGUCAAGAUCCAUGUCCAGGAUCCUGUGGCCAUAACGCCAUAUGUAAUGUUAAUAAUCAUAAUCCAAUAUGUACAUGCCCUCCAAGAUAUACUGGUUCUCCAUUCAGUCACUGUUAUGUGCAACCAAUUCAAGAGGAGCCUUCAAAUCCGUGCGUACCAUCACCAUGUGGACCACAUAGCAUUUGUAAUCCAACUCCUAAUGGCGAUUCAUAUAUUUGCUCAUGUGAACCAACAUUUGAAGGUAGUCCACCGCACUGUCGCCGUGAGUGUACGACAAAUGAUGAAUGUCCUUCAUUCAGAGCAUGUAUCAACCACAAGUGCAAAGACCCAUGCCCUGGAUCUUGUGGAACUAACACGCAAUGUAACGUACGUUUACACAGUCCUAUGUGCUCUUGUGAAGAGGGCUAUUCUGGUGAUCCGUUUACAGCUUGUUACUUGAUACCACUGGCAAUAGAAAAGUUCGACCCUUGUAAUCCUACACCUUGUGGAGCGAAUGCUCAGUGUAAAGUUUCGAGGAACGGUGCUGCAGCCUGCAUAUGCGAACCUGGAUAUUUCGGUAAUCCCUAUGAAUCUUGUAGGCCAGAAUGUGUGGUUAAUACUGACUGUCCUUACAAUAAAGCAUGUCUAAGGAACAAAUGCGAAGACCCUUGUCCAGGCGUUUGCGGCUCUACAGCAUUAUGUCAAGUAAUAAAUCAUGUUCCAUCAUGUAACUGCGCUCCAGGUUACACAGGAAAUCCAUACACCUUCUGUCACAUAAUUAUUAACGAGCCAACAUCGGUACCACAAAAUCCAUGUGUACCUAAUCCAUGUGGAAGUAAUUCCAUCUGUAAGGACAAUAAUGGCCUCGCCACAUGCUCGUGUAUGCCUGAAUUCUACGGAACUCCACCUAAUUGCCGACCUGAGUGUACAGUAAACUCAGAGUGUGAUAACACUAAGAGCUGUAUCAGACAGAAGUGUGUAGACCCGUGCAUUGGUUCUUGUGGACAAGACGCGGAAUGUAGAGUAGUGAACCACGCACCAAUAUGUUCUUGUAGAAGAGGAUUUGAAGGAGAUCCGUUUGUUAAAUGUGCUAUUGUUAAAGAAGUAUCAGUGCCACUACAAGAUCAGAACCCUUGUGUCCCAUCACCGUGCGGACCAAAUUCUCAAUGCCAAGUUAUGAAUCGCAUAUCAUCAUGUUCUUGUUUAGAGAACUAUGUUGGUACACCACCGAACUGUCGAGCAGAAUGCACUGUCAACUCAGACUGUCCAAGCACUAAAGCCUGCAUAAACCAGAAAUGUCGCGACCCAUGCCUCGGCUCAUGUGGUCUUCAAACAGAAUGUCAAGUUUAUCAGCAUGCUGCUAUUUGCAGCUGCGGAGAAGGCUACACUGGAAAUCCAUUCGAAAGUUGUCAUAUUAAAGAAAAAAUUGAACCCAUGCCUGCAGUUUACGAUAGAUGCAACCCAAGCCCUUGUGGGGCAAAUGCUGAUUGCAAUGAUGGACAAUGUACGUGCAAGCCUAGUUUCUUCGGAAACCCGUACUUAAGUUGUCGUCCGGAGUGUACAAAUAAUGCUGACUGUCCAUCAAGUGCAACGUGUGUCAAUAACAAAUGUGUCAACCCUUGCACAAAUCUAUGCGGACAGGGUGCAGUAUGUGAAGUGUAUAAUCAUAUUCCAAUGUGUAGUUGUCCAUCAAAUACCAGUGGAAACGCAUUCUUUUCAUGCACGCCAAUAACAGUAAUACACAUAGAGAGAGAUCCUUGUCAUCCAACGCCAUGUGGUCCAUAUAGCAUCUGUCGAGCGGUACAAGGACAACCAAUAUGUUCUUGUCUUAUUGGCUACAUCGGUGUGCCCCCGUCAUGCAGGCCAGAAUGUCUGGUUGAUUCAGACUGCACCAGUGUUAUGGCGUGUUCCAAUCAAAAAUGUACCAAUCCUUGUCAAGGAUCUUGCGGAUUAAAUGCAGAAUGUCGUGUCCAUAACCACAAGCCUAUUUGUUACUGUAGAAAUGGCUACACUGGAGAUCCAUUUACCCAAUGUGUCGUUCGAGAUGACCCACCGCUAAAGAGGACACCUUGUGAACCAUCACCGUGUGGUCCUAAUUCUGUGUGUCGAGCAGUAAACGAGGCACCGACGUGUUCUUGUCAGUCCGGAUACAUGGGACAACCACCAUAUUGUCGCCCAGAAUGUACAACGAACAGUGAAUGUAACUUUGAUCGAGCAUGUAUUAACAACAAAUGCGCCGAUCCUUGUGUGGGUGCCUGCGGACUUAACACAGAAUGUCGUGUCAUCAGCCAUUCUCCGCAAUGUGCGUGCAAAUCAGGAUAUGAAGGAGACUCAUUCUAUCAAUGCACUCUUAUCAAAGUACCAGUUCCAGCUGAUGUCCCAUCGCAGCCAAUCGCACCAUGCCUCCCAAAUCCUUGUGGACCAAAUGCCGUAUGUCAAGAACGUAAUAACGCCGGCAGUUGUACAUGCGUUACGGGCUAUUUCGGUAACCCCUACGAAGGUUGUAGACCAGAAUGUGUUCUCAAUUCCGAUUGUCCCGAAAAUCUAGCAUGUAUUAACAACAGAUGUCAAGAUCCAUGUCCUGGGUUGUGUGGAAUAAAUGCUCAAUGUCAAAUGAUCAAUCAUAUUCCUAACUGUGCUUGCACAUCUGGAUACGUGGGUGACCCACAUGACCGGUGCAUUCUGAGAGAUGAACCAGCAAAGGACCCUUGUAACCCGUCACCAUGUGGCCCAUACAGCACCUGCAAUGCUAUUAACAACAAAGCAAUAUGUACUUGCCUUACGGAGUAUAUUGGCAACCCUCCAAACUGUAGACCAGAAUGUUUAAUGAGUUCAGAAUGUCCUUUGAACAAAGCAUGUGUUAAGCAGAAAUGUAUUGAUCCAUGCAUUGGAGUAUGUGGAGAAAAUGCACAGUGCCGGGUCCUACACCACAGUCCGUACUGCACUUGUUUACCAGGUUUCGAAGGAGAUGCUUUCAUUAGAUGCUCGAAAGAAAAAGUAUUACCUCCACAAAUAAAAUCUCCUUGCGAACCCAAUCCUUGCGGUCCAUUCUCCACUUGCAGAGACUCAGCUGGUUCGGCUAUCUGUAGUUGCAAGGAGGGUUACUUAGGGGCUCCACCUCGAUGUGCACCAGAAUGUGCGAUCAACGAGGAUUGUCCUAAUGACAAAGCAUGUGUCAGGGAGAGAUGUGUUGACCCUUGUAUUGGAUCAUGCGGGUCAAAUACCGAGUGCCGUGCAAUGAAUCAUCUUGCUAUUUGCACCUGUUUAAGAGGUUAUCGUGGUAAUUCCUUUGUCGGAUGUUACCAGUUUGAUGAACCACAAACACCAAUAUUUACAGACCCUUGCGCGCGAAAUCCCUGUGGAAGUAAUGCAAUUUGUAGCAAUGGAACUUGUUCUUGUAUUCCGGGAUAUCACGGAAAUCCUGCAAUUGAAUGUCGGCCUGAGUGUACUAUUGAUAGUGAUUGUGACAAACGACAUGCUUGUGUAAACUACAAAUGUGUCGAUCCAUGUAAGAACGCAUGCGGCCUUGAUGCAGUAUGUAAUGUCUACAAUCAUAUCGCUAUAUGUGAGUGUCCCGCACCGCUACAAGGAGACGCUUUCAUCGCCUGCCGACGUGUAAUAGCGCCAGUGGAAACAGAACCAUGUUCACCAAAUCCUUGCGGACCGAACAGCGUAUGUCGUGCACAAGGUACAGUGGCUCACUGUUCGUGCCGACCGCCCAUGCAGGACGAGCCGCCCAGUUGCCGACCUGAGUGCCACAGCUCGGCGGACUGUCCUAGCACACUUGCGUGUCGGGCUGGCAAGUGCCGUGACCCUUGCCCUGGCGCAUGUGGUGCUCACGCUCUUUGCCGAACAACUAUGCAUUCUCCAAUUUGCACGUGUCCUCCUGGUUACGUCGGUGAUCCGUUUAUUCGUUGUGUACCAGCACUCGAGUCUGAACCUAAAAAGAAUUCACCAUGUCCCGAUUGUGGGCCAAAUGCUGACUGCGUAGAUAGCCGCUGUCGUUGCCGUACAGAUUUCUUCGGGGCACCUCCGUUCUGUCGUUACGAAUGUCUGGAAUCUAAUGACUGCGAAUGGCAUCUAACUUGCAUUAACAGACGUUGCAUAGAUCCCUGUCCCGGAGCGUGCGGCUAUGGUGCUGAGUGUGUGCCAGUAGCUCACGAGCCACGCUGCACUUGUCCAUCCUCCACCACCGGCAAUCCUCUUACAGCGUGUCGACCCAUCGAAAAUAUUCCUAAACAACCAAACGAUCCCUGUGUGCCAUCACCCUGUGGACCUGGCGCUUUGUGCCGAGUAAAAGGAAUAAGCGCGUCUUGUGAAUGCGAGCCUGGAUUACGUGGAGAUCCGUAUACUGGAUGCCGACCUGAAUGUCUCGCGGACUCUGAUUGCUCACCUUCUAAAGCUUGCAUACGAUCUCACUGCCGUAACCCUUGCCAGGGCACUUGUGGAGUAGGAGCCGAUUGUGAAACCGUCAAUCAUAUACCUUUAUGUUCAUGCCCACUUGGAACUAAAGGAAACGCAUUUGAAAGAUGCUAUACAGAAAUGACCCAACCACCGUGUACACCAUCUCCCUGUGGCCCCGGCGCGUUGUGCUCAGUGGUCGGUAACAGUGCCAUGUGCACGUGUCCCAGUGGCACAGCCGGUGACGCAGCCACCACAGGAUGCAGGCCCGAGUGCGUGGUCAGCUCCGAGUGUCCCCGCGAUCGCGCCUGCGUGCGCAAUAAGUGCAUAGACCCAUGCCCAGGAACUUGUGGCAACGCUGCCAUGUGUCGCGUCUUCAACCAUGCACCUAUCUGUUGGUGUCCACCGUCCACCACAGGCGAUCCGUUUGUUGCUUGCAUAGAUACACCAACAAAGGCCCAUGAUCCCUGUGAUCCCAACCCUUGCGGCCCGCACGCUACCUGCCGCAAUGGAAUAUGCACAUAUUACGAAUGUACCGUCAAUGAUGACUGCUCUGGUGACCGCGCUUGUAUUAACAGAAAGUGUACUGAUCCAUGUAUUAAUGCAUGUGGCCUCAACGCGAUUUGUACAGGCGUGCGACACUCCCCGGUUUGUUCAUGUCCACCCGGGUAUACAGGCUCACCGCUGGUACGGUGCAGCCCCAUCUCAUCACAGCCGCCAGCACCUGAAUGCGAGUCCGAUGAACAAUGCGCUGACAACGCCGCGUGUGUUGACUCGCGCUGCUCACCCGUGUGCGGUCCUAACAACUGCGGACUGAAUGCUCGGUGCAUUGCGAAACAACAUAGAGCUUUAUGCACGUGCUUACCGGAAUAUGAGGGUGACGGAUACACUGGAUGUUAUUCAGUACAAUGCCACAGCAACAAUGAUUGUCCGGACGAUGAGAGCUGCGAAAGCGGUUCUUGUGUGAAGGUCUGCUUACGUAUUCGUUGCGGAACAGAAGCGCAUUGUGUUGCUCGCGGCCACACUGCUUCAUGUGAAUGUAAUACUGGCGCCCAAGGCAACCCAUGGACUGGAUGUCGUAGAGCCGAAUGUGUUGUAGACGAUGAUUGUUCCUCGUGGUUAGCUUGCUCUCGCGGCACUUGUAAGGAUCCAUGUCUCGGAGCAUGCGCUCAAGGUGCAAUCUGCUCGGUAGUUCGACAUGUCCCAACGUGUGAGUGCCCGAGAGGCACUCAAGGCAACCCUAAGAUUGAAUGCCGACAAGUUGUAGACGAAGGGCAAUGCGUCAUUGAUGGUGAAUGUGGACCAAACCUAGCAUGCUUACAAGGUGUAUGCAGGAACCCAUGCGAGCCGACAUCUUGUGGCGUCCGAGCAGAAUGUAGGGUUGCGAAUACAUUGCCGUUCCGUACGCUCGUUUGUGAAUGUCCAAAGCCUCUUAUUGGUGAUGCCUCAGUUCAAUGCAACACAAGGGGUGAAUGUAAUGAAGACAGCGAAUGCAGUUCUGAGGAGCGCUGCAUUAAUCGCUUGUGCGUUAGCGCAUGCGCAGAUAUAACCUGUGGUUCAGGUGCUGAAUGUAGGGCCCUUCAACAUCGUGCUUCUUGUGCCUGUGUACCACCUCUGCAAGGAAACCCUGAAGUCGCAUGCACACUCGGUGUUCCUGGAGUACAAUGUACAUCAGACUCAGAUUGCGGUAGUGCUGAAGCAUGUGUCGGACAACGAUGCGUGUCUGCGUGUGCGGGAGCUUGCGGCACCGGCGCCUCGUGCGACGCCGCACAGCAUCGUGCCCGUUGCCACUGUCCUCCCGGCACUGCCGGUGACCCUGCCCGCCUCUGUUAUACCCCCGAAUGUACAUCAGAUGAAAACUGUCCGUUUGACAAAACUUGUGUCAAUGGAUACUGUCAAGACCCAUGUACUCUCGGUACACCAUGUGGAAGAGACGCAAACUGCGUGGCAGUAGCACACAUUGCCAGCUGUCGAUGCCCACCUGGCACCCAGGGCGACCCACGACGUGCCUGUGUAUCUGCUAUCUGUCUUUACAAUGAAGAUUGCGACGACACACAGAUCUGCAACCGACUCAAUCGCGUAUGCCAGCCGGCAUGUUCUGAACAAUCCUGUGCCCCAGAUGCCCUUUGCACUGCACGCAACCACCGCGCCGUUUGUACGUGCCCCGCCGGUCGCAGCGGCGACCCGUACGCCAGUGGCUGUAGCACACUGCACGAUGACACCGAAUGCACCACAGACUCUGAUUGUUCAGCACCGUUUGCCUGUGUAAACACCCGCUGCGUAGACCUCUGUCUCGGAAAUCCCUGCGAAACCGGACUAAUUUGUAAAAUUGUCGACGUGCUUCCGCUACGCGCCGUGGCUUGUAUUUGUCCUGAUGGCGGUCGUGUGGCACCGGACAAUGGUUGUCGAGCUCCACCGGAACCGGAAUGCUCAGUUGAUUCUGAAUGUGCUAACAGUCAAACUUGCCGGCGUGGCAGCUGUGUCGAAUCUUGUAGGGCAGAUCCUUGCGGACAAAAUGCUCUUUGUGAAUCCAUCGACCACAUAUCUCGUUGUACUUGUGCACCAGGUUACACAGGAAAUGCAAGAAUCGAAUGUAACACAAUACCCCGACAACCGGCCAUUUUUGAAUGUUACAACGAUGAAGAAUGUGGUUCGGAACGGGCAUGUAUCGACCGUGCUUGUGUAAACCCUUGUAAUGACGCUUGCGGCCUCGGUGCUCUAUGUAGAGUUAUAGAUCAUAAACCUCAAUGCUCUUGUCCGAAAGGAUAUUCGGGCGAUGCCUACACUCGAUGCACACCACCAUCUGACAAAUCGAUUAUCCCCGUGGGCUGUAAAGCAAAUCACGAAUGCCCGUUGUCUCAAGCCUGUGUAAAUGGAGCGUGCGCAGACCCGUGUGCCUGUGGAUCUAACGCAGAGUGCACUGUAGUGCGGCACCAUCCUGUCUGCUACUGCGAGCGUGGAUACUCAGGCAACCCGUACAUCGGUUGCAGUAAAGUUGGUUGUACUUCUGAUUCCGAGUGUCCUGAUAGUGAUACAUGUUACAACGGCGCUUGCGUCAAUCCUUGCGUUGUUGAAGCUCCAUGUGCUAUUAGCGCAGAAUGCUUCGGUAAGGCACACAGGCCUAACUGCCGUUGCCCAGCUGGAACGAACGGAAAUCCCUACACUAGAUGUCAAGCUGCUGAAUGUGAGAUUGAUAAUGAUUGUAAUGACGAUAGCGUUUGCGUAAAGGGAACAUGUCGCAACGCUUGCUCGAACUACGGUGGAAACCCUUGUGCCAAUAACGCUGAAUGCUUCGCACGAAACCACGCUGCGUCUUGCAAAUGUCCAUCUGCACUACCUCUAGGAGAUCCUUUGGUCCACUGCCUGAAAGUCGACGUUAUCGGGGAACCUGAAUGCCGCGCAGAUGGUGAAUGUCCUAGUGGCUAUGCUUGCCUCCGAGAUGAAUGUCGCGAAGCUUGUAAUGAACUGAAACCAUGUACUGGCAACGCCCGUUGUACUGUUUCUGACAGUGUACCGUUCCGAACUCUUAUAUGCCGCUGUCCAGACGGAUAUAUUCCCGAAGAAGGAGGAAACUGUAAACCCGCACAACUACCUGCACUAAGCUGUUCAUCGGAUCAGGACUGUGACGACCACGAAUCUUGUGUCAAUAGAAUUUGCCGCAACCCUUGCAAUUGUGGGGACAACGCGGAGUGCUUUAUUCGGAACCAUAGACCUAUAUGUUCGUGUCGCGAAGGAUUCGAAGGCGACCCAUACCGGCGAUGCCACAUUGUGGGAUGCCGUAGUAACUCGGAAUGUCAAUCUCACGAAGCUUGUAUCAAUGGUAACUGUAUUAGUCCUUGCCUCUUGAAUAGCACCUGUGGACCGAAUUCAGAAUGCUACGUAGAAAGGAAUGUACCGUUGUGCAAAUGCCGACCCGGAUUCGAUGGUGACGUGUAUUCAGGUUGCCACGCAAUCGAAUGCAGAAGUAAUGGCGACUGCCCUCAAGACAAACAAUGUCGGGCUCAUAGAUGUGUGAAUCCGUGCCUUAGCGAGAAUAUAUGCGGUACAGCAGCUACAUGCUUGGUCAGAAACCAUAUCGCUGUAUGUAAAUGUGAACAAGGUUACACAGGAAGCCCUUAUAUCGAAUGUAGGCCACAAAUUACCGCAGAGUGUUACGUGGAUGCUGAUUGUCCUUCCAGAAUGGCUUGUUUAUCAUCAAGGUGUGUCAACCCCUGCACAGAAUUACGACCCUGUGCCACUCCAGCACAAUGUGAAGUAUCACCAACACUACCAGUGCGCACUAUGUUGUGUACUUGUCCACCUGGGUAUGUGAGCAGCGGCGGAGGUAUCUGUCGACCAGUAACAUCUAUCGCUGAUGUCAUUUGCACCGCUGACGAUAAUUGCACAGCUAACCAUGCCUGCGUAACAUCAGUGUGUAAAAAUCCUUGCGAAUGUGGACCUAAUACAGAUUGUCAAAUAAAAGACCACAAACCGGUCUGUGCAUGCCAACCCGGUUUCGUCGGGGAUGCUCGCACUGGAUGCUAUAAAGUUCUUUGUCAAUCUGAUACACAAUGUGCAGAUGAUGAAACUUGUUUCAAUAGCCGUUGUAUCCCGGCCUGUUCCGUGGAUUCCGAUAUAUGUGGACAAUCAGCUGAAUGCUAUGGCAUUGAACAUCGCGCCUCCUGCAGGUGCAAAAUUGGUACUAUAGGAAACCCAUCGAUCGCAUGCACACCUAUUGGCUGCCGAUCUGACUCUGACUGCCCAUUAGAUAAAUCAUGUAUCAACACCAAAUGUGUAAACCCUUGUAAUGCAACCUCUUGUAACGAUCCUGCUGAAUGUAGAGUACAUCUUCACGAGUUACACUGUGUUUGUCCACCUGGCUACCAAAGCACUGAAGAUGGAUGUGUUAGCACUAAACAGCCGCAAUGCAUCACCGAUAUUGACUGUCCUCCUGGAACUGCUUGCCUGAACGCAAAAUGUAUGAAUCCUUGUCUGGAAAUAAAACCUUGCGGUAUCAACGCCGAGUGUAAGGUUGUGGACACCCUCCCAGUUAGAACUAUGAUAUGUGAAUGCGUUCCAGGAUACAAAGGAAAUGCUCUUGUCGAGUGCACUUCUAAUAGACGACCGAUUCCAGAGUGUAUUGAAGGACAAGGAAUUGACUCUACUGGUGAAUGUAUACCGUGCCACGCUAGUGACGGUCGCGUGCUAGACGCGCGCGGUCGCUGCGUGUGCGACGCGACCCGUGGAUUCGUGCCGCGCGGCGACAGAUGCGAACCGCGUGGCUGCCGCGCUGACGCACAGUGUGAUGACCGCGAGCGCUGCAUUAACGGUGCUUGUGUGGACGCAUGUAUGGCAGAGCCUUGUGGUAUCUCAGCCACUUGUGAUGCGAUUGGUCAUCGUUCACACUGCACCUGUAUUGCGGGCUAUACCGGCAACCCACGCGUACACUGCAAUACCACGAACCCACCAGUUUACCGUACUGAUUUCCCUCUACCUGAUAUGCAGGUUCACUGUCUCGCCGACGGCGUCCGGGUUAGUCUGAAGAUCAAGGACUUUAACGGUGUGUUGUAUGUUAAGAGCUAUAGCAAGGACGAACGCUGCCGACUAGUUGUAGAUACUCCUAAAGAUGAGGAAAAUAUUGUCGACUUCACCGUGCAUUUCGGAGAAUGUGGCUUAGUGCAUGUGAAUGGCCUUGCUAGCUUCGUUCUUGUCAUGCAAAAACAUCCGAAACUUGUGACUUCAAAUGCCAAGGCAUUCCACAUCAAGUGUAUAUACCAGACCGGCGAACAGAAUGUGACGCUUGCAUUCAAUGUAUCAAUGUUGACAACGGCUGGCACCAUUGCUAAUACAGGACCGCCGCCUACGUGCUCAAUGAGAAUCGUAUCUCGCUCCGGCAGCCAAGUUAGCUCUGCAGAGAUUGGAGAACAUCUAGUCUUGCAAGUUGAUGUACAACCCUCAAAUAUUUAUGGUGGUUUUGCACGAAGCUGUAUAGCGAAGACAAGCGAAGUAGCUACCAAUGUGGAGAAUGAAUAUCCAGUGACAGAUGCUGACGGUUGUGCAACGGAUCCAUCAAUCUUUGGCGAAUGGGAGCGAAGCGAAGACGGCAGCGUACUGCGAGUCGCUUUUAACGCUUUCAAGUUCCCCAGUAGCGAUAACAUACGAUUCCAAUGUAAUAUACGAGUCUGCUUCGGCAAAUGUCAACCGGUAAAUUGUCGCGGUGCUGAUGCGUUUGGCAGACGACGUAAACGAGAAGCUAUCGACAGCAGACCAUCAGGCUCCCCCGCAGGCCAGUUCCGCGAGGAAGUAACCGUCGAGUCGAACCAAAUUCUAACGCUACAGCGACGCGAUCCGUCGCAGGUAGCUCGACAGCGCGACGCCGGCGGCGCGGCGGGCGCGGGCGCUGGCGCUGGCGAGGUGUGCGUGUCGGCGGCUGGGUUGGCGGUCGCACUCGCGCUGACGGCGCUGCUGGCGCUAGUGGCAGUGGCCGCGGCCGUGGCGUGCUGGCUGGUGGCGUGGCGUCGCGCGCGUCCGCCGCCCGCGCCGCUGCCGCACCCGGCUGACUUCCCCAACCCGCUGUUCCAGCGCUGAGUACGCUAGUCGCGGCCGCGCUCCUCCGCCGGCACCGGGCGGUGUCGGUCUUCCUCUCUCCUUAUCUCUGUGCUGCCGCCGGAGGACCGCCGGCCGGGGGCGCGCCGGGCGCUCCCUCGCGCUCGCCGCGCCCCACCCUAAUCUUUAUUUUAUAUUAAUUUUUACGUUUUACUCUUACUAAUGUGGCAUUCGUCGCUCUUCGAAUUUUGUGAUAUUCAUAUAAAUAUUCGAAAUCACCAUAAUUUUAUGUAAAAUAAAUAUCGAGUAUACCU